UCUACCGGCUGGACGAGGAGUUCGUCCUUUUCACGACGUCACCACCGAAAGGUGUUCAGUGGUUUAUUUAUUUUUUCUUUCACACUGUUGACCGGCCAGUGAAACCAUCCAGCAUUGGAGACCACCUAUACAAGGAAGGAUCGCGGCUGAAGGAGGCUGCUGUCAGCCAUGGGGACGGUCAAGAUGAAACGUCUUUGGCCGUUGGUGGUCUGGAUACUUCUGUCCUUGUGUCCGGCCGAAUCACUCAGAGGAAUCAGCCGAGGAUCCAGGAGAGAAGUGUUCUUCCUGAACUUAGAGGACGGCUACUUCGGCUGCCAGGUGAACCAGUCGACGGACGUGAUACAGCUACUCAAGUUGUCCAAGUUAUGCGACACCAAUCUCGACUGCUACCAGGGCACGGACGAGCUACGCGACAAACUGAAGUGCACAGAUGACUGCACGAAAGAGGACGGAACCAGGUGCCUGAACGGCGUCUGCUUGGACUCGGUCUGUCACUGCAACGACGGUUUCGGUGGUUGCAAUUGUCAAGUGCCAGACGAAAACGAGUGCAAGUACCGACCCUGUGAUAUAUUCGCGCACUGCACGAACACCCUCGGUAGCUUUCAAUGUUCCUGUUUCCCCGGCUACCAAGGCGACGGUUUCCAUUGCGAAGAUAUCAACGAGUGCGAUAACCCGGUGCUAGCCGCGAGAUGCGUGGAGAACGCGGAGUGCUGCAACCUGCCGUCGACGUACCUGUGCAAGUGCAAGUCGGGGUACAUCGGCGUGGGCGAGGUGCAUUGCGAGGACGUGGACGAGUGCAAGAUAUCUGGCGCGUGCGGCGACAACACGAUCUGCCAGAACACACCUGGGAACUACACGUGCUCGUGCCGAGAGGGUUUCACCGGGGACCCUUACGAGAGCUGUAUCGACAUGAACGAAUGCGAAUACGCGGGCAGCUGCGGCAGGGGCGCGCUUUGCGUGAAUCUGCCCGGCGGACACAGGUGCGAAUGUCCGGAGGGCUAUAACGGCAAUCCCGAGGAAGAAUGCGUGGACAUUGACGAGUGCUCGCGCAGCCCUUGCGGUCGUUCAGCUCUGUGCACAAACGUGCGCGGCAGUUUCCGUUGCUCCUGCCCGGAAGGAAUGAGCGGCGAUCCUUGGCUGGGCUGUCACGAUGUAAACGAGUGCGAGGAGGGCUCGCCGUGCGGCGGGGACGCCGAAUGCGUGAACACGGAGGGUAGUUUCGAGUGCAGAUGCAGGCCCGGCUAUCAGAUGGACCCCACCCACGGUUGCAUCGACGUGAACGAGUGCGGUCGAGCGGAUGCAUGCGCGGCGAACGCUAGAUGCAUCAACGUCCCCGGAUCGCACAAGUGCAUCUGCCCGCAGGGCUUCAUCGGUCAAGGACUAACACUCUGCGAAAACGUGAACGAAUGCGAGAGAAACCCUUGCGGCGAGAACGCCGAGUGCACCGACACGAUCGGCAGCUUCGUGUGCAGCUGCAAGCAGGACUACACCGGCGACCCGUUUAAGGGAUGCAGCGAUAUCGACGAGUGCACGGCGUUGGAGAAUCCUUGCGGAAGGUACGCGAUUUGCAAGAACGGGGAUCCUGGAUACACCUGCGUCUGUCCACCGGGGUACAGUGCCAACCCCAGUCCGACAGUCGCCUGUGAACAGGUCGACGUGACGACCCUUUGCAAGUCGAACUUCGACUGCGUGAACAACGCCGAGUGCAUCGAGGGCCAGUGCUUCUGCAAGAACGGCUUCAAGGCCACGGGCGCAGAAUGCACGGACCUGGACGAGUGUCUCUCGAAUCCCUGCGGGCCCUCCUCGAUUUGCACCAACACCAGAGGAAGCUACCACUGCGAGUGCGAGUCCGGGUUCGUCGGCACGCCACCACACAUACCCUGCAAAGCGCCUUGCGACGAGGUCACCUGCGGGGACCACGCGUUCUGCAAGGCCGACGGCCACGAAGCCUAUUGCAUCUGCGAGGACGGCUGGACUUUCAAUCCGAAUGACAUUGCAGCUGGAUGCGUCGAUAUAAACGAAUGCGACGCGGUAAACGGACCUUCCGGCCGCUGUGGCAAGAACGCGAUCUGCACGAACACCUUGGGAGGAUUCAGCUGCCAGUGCAAGCCCGGCUACUCUGGAAACGCUUUUAAACAGUGCCUAGACGUGGACGAAUGCACGAGACACGACGCUUGUGGCCACGGCGCCACAUGCACGAACGCGGAAGGGUCUUACGCGUGUGCGUGUCCCGAGGGCACCAUACCGGACCCCGAUCCUUACAUCAAGUGCGUGGGCAUAGUUACCUGCGAAGUUGACGGCGACUGUCCCGGAAACGCCAUUUGCGAUCCGCAGAAGAGGUGUCUGUGCCCUGAGCCCAACGUUGGAAACGAUUGCAGACAUCCAUGCGAGGACUUGUCUUGCGGACCGAACGCCCACUGCAUGCUGUCGAACGACGUGGCAACGUGCCUCUGUCGCAGCGGUUACACAGGGAAGCCGGGAGUGAAGGGUGGCUGCAGGGACAUCGACGAAUGCGCCAUCAACCCGUGUCCCCAGGGUGCAAUCUGCAACAACGAGCCCGGCGCAUUCUCCUGUCAAUGUCCGAGCGGCACCACCGGUGAUCCUUACAGCGGCGGCUGCCAGGAAUCGAAGGCCCCACACGUUUGCGGGCCCAGCACGCCUUGUCCAGCAGGAGAACAGUGCAUCAAGGAUGAGUUCGUUGGCAGCAGCGUGUGCAUUUGCCAGCGUGGAUACACGCGGGACCACGAGACCGGAAAGUGCAGGGACAUCAACGAGUGUAUGGAGCUCAGGGACAAGCCUGCUUGCGGCGUGAACGCCAUUUGCAAGAAUCUGCCCGGUAGCUACGAGUGCCAGUGCCCGCCUGGAUUUAAUGGAAACCCGUUCUCCCUCUGCGAAGAAUGCAACAGCAUCGAGUGCCAGUGCCAGCCACCGUACAAGAUCGUCAACGGAAAGUGCAUGCUGGCCGGUUGCUCCAAGGGCGAAAAGUGUCCCAGUGGGGCCGAGUGCAUCACGAUCGCAGGUGGAGUCAGCUACUGUGCUUGCCCUAAGGGUUACACGACCAAGGCCGACGGUUCUUGCGAUGAUAUUAACGAGUGCAUCGUCGGACAUCAAGUAUGCGGCUACGGAGCGGAGUGCAUUAAUCUGCCGGGUUCUCAUCAAUGCGUCUGUCCGCACGGUUACGGCGGCGAUCCUUACAACGGACUUUGCUCGCCUGCUCAGAAGAGAUGCACCAGUGACAACGAGUGCAAGGCGAACGAGAAAUGCGUGCAGCCUGGGGAGUGCGUCUGCCCGCCGCCAUUUUACACGGACGCUCUUGACGGAAACCUCUGCAAGAAUCCCUGCGAUCGGUUCCCUUGCGGUAUCAACGCGAAAUGUACUCCGAGCGACCCACCCAGAUGCAUGUGCGAGGCGGGCUACGAGGGUGACCCGCAACAUGGCUGCGUGGAUGUGAACGAAUGCGCGAACAAUCCUUGCGGACACAGCGCGUACUGCAUUAACACGAAGGGCGACCAUAUCUGCGAGUGCCCGAAAGGAACAGUAGGCGAUCCUUACGGUGCUGGUUGCACAGGGGUUGCUGUACCGAAGAACGAGUGCUCCUCCAACGACGACUGUGACAACAUUUUCGCCUGUGUGAACGGUGCAUGCGUGAACCCCUGCGACAACAUACCAUGCGGACCGAAUGCGUACUGCGAACCCGAUAAGCACGCCGCAUGGUGCAGGUGCGUGAUCGGGUUCGUCGAGGGAAAGAACAACGAAUGUGUUUCUCAGUGCGACGGCUUCGUGUGCGGCUCCGGAGCGCAGUGCAUCGUGAGCUACAGCGGGCCAACCUGCAAGUGCAUCGAAGGUUUCAUGGGCAACCCCUUCCCAGGCGGCCAGUGUCUUCCGGACGUCUGUUCGCCGGAAGUACCCUGCUCAGAGCCGAGCGUAUGCAUAAGUGGAAGGUGCAAGCGUCGGUGCGAAGGUGUUGUUUGCGGCGUGGGAGCGUCUUGCGACCCUGCGACCAACAAAUGCGUCUGCAAUCCUUACUUUAUCGGAAAUCCGGACCUGCUUUGCAUGCCGCCGAUUCAACCUGCCACCUGUGACCCUGGCUGCGGUUCCAACGCUCACUGCGAAUACGGCCCGCAAGAUUCCAAAUGUGUCUGCAACCCAGGUACCACAGGAAAUCCUUACCAUGGCUGCGGCGUGCAACAGAAGUCUGAUUGUUCCACUGCGUUGUGCGGCAAGGAUGCGCACUGCAACGCUGGACCGAAUGCUGUCGAGUGUCUCUGCCCUCCGGGAUACGCAGGGAACCCUUACAUCCAAUGUCAUGACAUCAACGAAUGCAAUGGAAACGCCUGCGGCAGUAACGCAGUCUGCAUCAACACGAUCGGCAGCUACGACUGCCGCUGCAAGGAAAGCUUCUUCGGCAAUCCCUUCAUCGGUUGCCAGCAAGUUCAGGUCGGAGUUUGCACCGAUCCAGCAUCCUGCACCUGCAGCGAAACGGUGCCCUGCCCGUUCGACUACACCUGCGUGCACGGCAAGUGCAUAAACCGGUGCAGCGACGUCAGUUGCGGUCCCCGAUCGGUCUGCCAAGACGGAGCUUGCGUCUGUCCGCCGGGCUACACCGGAAAUCCUAACGACCUCAGCAAAGGUUGCCAUCUUCACGGUCACUGCUCGAACGAUCUCGACUGCGAGCCUCAACAGAUCUGUUUCCAAGUCGGCAAGGGCGUGCGGAAGUGCGUGGACGCUUGCAGCAAGCUGCAGUGCGGACCGAAUGCGCUUUGCGUGACGCAGCACCACGUGUCCUCUUGCCUGUGCAUCGACGGCUACCAAGGGAACCCCAGCAACCUGAUAGAAGGCUGCCAGCCGUCGACAUCUGUGAUAACACCAGGCUGCAACAGCAACUCCGAGUGCAAGGAAGGCUCGUUCUGCAUCGUUCUGGACAACGGCGCCCGCGAAUGCGUGGAUCCGUGCAGCAGGGUAGUCUGCGGUGCUCAUCAGAAGUGCGAGCCCGAUAUAAUCCCGGGCCAUGCCACCUGCAAGUGUCAAGACGGUUACGAAUGGAACCCGAUACUGUCUUCCUGCGAGAAACCGUCGGUGCCCGACUGCAUCUCCGACGACGACUGCCACGCCACCGAAGCCUGCCGACCGGAUGCUCUGGGAGUCCUCAAGUGUGCGUCAGUAUGCCGCAGCUUCACCUGUGCCGUGAACUCCCAGUGCGUCGCCGAGAGACACCGGGGACGUUGCGACUGUCUGCCAGGCUUCGUUGGGAAUCCUAACGACCGCCACGGAUGCCAGACUCCGAAAAAGGAUCAGUGCUCGACGGACAGCGAGUGUCCGGAGGACCAGACCUGCAGGAGCACGCACGACGGUCUGCUGAGCUGUCAGCCGGUCUGCAACUUCGUUUCAUGCGGGCCGAACGCCCUGUGCAUCGUCCACAAUCACGUCGCCAACUGCGAAUGCCCGCCUGGUCUCUUCGCUGGGGAUCCUACGGACAUGGUCAAAGGCUGCCGCACGGUUCCUUGCGUCUACAACAUCGAUUGCCCGCCCACGCAACUCUGCAACAGGCUCACCCACACCUGCUACGACGCCUGCGACGAAAACGCUUGCGGUGUCAACGCGGUCUGCAUCGCCGACGACCACAGAGCGAUCUGCCAGUGUCCUCCUGGUCUGCGGCCUAAUCCGGUUCCCGACGUGGAGUGCGUUGCCCUCGAAGCCUGCCAUCCGAAUCCCUGCCACCAGUCCGCUGUCUGCGUACCUGGACCGUCGAACAAUCCUGUCUGCCAAUGCCCGCCGAACUUCGUUGGCGAUCCUUACGUGAAAGGCUGCCAGCCCGAAGGCUACUGCGCCAGUGGCAAAGACUGCCCGGUGCAUUCCAUCUGUCAUAAUCAUCGAUGCGUCAAUCCCUGCGAGGAUGCCUGCGGGGCCAACUCUGUCUGCGAGCUCAUCAAUGGUCAGCCAACCUGCAAGUGCAUUCACAACUUUGUUCCUUCCACCAAGGGCCCUCGAGACGGCUGCGUCAGGGUUUCUAAUUACUGUACCGUCGAUGCUGACUGCGACGAGAGCGUCUGCCUCGAGGGACAGUGCAUAGCUGUCUGCAGAGCCGCCGCAGACUGUUCGGUCGGCGAGAAGUGCGUGAACAGCAAAUGCGUGACCCCCUGCGUGUCGCACAGUCAAUGCCAACUGGACCAGGCUUGCGUGAACGGAGGCUGCAUCCUGGGCUGCCGCAGCAACAAGAACUGCCCCAGCUCGCAGUCCUGCAUCAACAACAAGUGUCAAGAUCCGUGCAGUUUCAAAGACGUCUGCGGACCGAACGCAGUCUGCAGCUGCACCAACCACGCCACGACCUGCACGUGUCCGUUAGGUUUUCACGGGAACCCCACGCCGCAGCAAGGCUGCGUCCGAGUACCGAGCAGCUGCGACGGAGCCCAAGAUUGUCCGAGCCAACACGUCUGCGAUUCCGGAUUCUGUCAGUGUCAAUGCAGCGAGCAGAACCACUGCGCGCAGGGAGAGCGUUGCAAGAAUGGCAUCUGCGUGAAGAUUUGCUACAGUGACAGCAACUGUUUGCCCGGAGAACUGUGCAUCGAUGGCGUCUGCGAGGUCGGUUGCACUUCCGACGCCGGCUGCAAGGACGACGAAGUGUGCAUCAACAACAAGUGCAGAUGCAGUCACGGAUUCAUCGCUGGACCGGAACACUGCCUAGACAUCAACGAGUGCGACGACGAACCCUGCCAUUCCAGCGCGGAAUGCGUCAAUCUCCACGGAUCCUAUCGCUGCAUCUGCCCACAAGGCACCGCGGGCGAUCCCGUGGGCUCAGGUUGCGUGAUACCUCAUCAAUGCACCGUGAACGCAGACUGUCCCGACUCGCAGGCCUGCAUACUCCACAACUGCACCGAUCCUUGUUCCCUGGGCGACUGCGGGUCCAACACGAUCUGCAGUGUCGUCGACCACACUGCCGCCUGCCAAUGUCAACCUGGCUACAUCGGCGACGCCUCCGGAUGCUUCAGAGUCGAGUGUCUCUCCAACAACGACUGUCCCACGGAUAAAUACUGCAACCAGGAUACCAACAAGUGUAGCAGUCCCUGCAAUCAAUUGAACUGUGGAUACGGCAACUGCAUAGCUUCCGAUCACAUUGGCAUUUGCAAAUGCUACCCCGGAUUUGUUCUGGCAGGCGAUAUUUGCGUCGACGUGAACGAGUGCUUGGAGAACCCUUGUCAUUCCACAGCUGUCUGUCAAAAUACGGAAGGUUCGCACGCUUGUGUCUGCCCGCACGGACUCGUGGGAGAUCCCAUCAAGACCGGCUGCAAACAGCCUGGAGAUUGCUUCACGGACUUCGAUUGCCCGAUUUCGGCGGCCUGCAUUGACAACAGAUGCACCAAUCCUUGCGACGCAGCACGCAUUUGCGGAAGGAAUGCUGAAUGCUUCGUUCAGGAUCAUGCUCCACACUGCAGGUGUCCUGGCCAGACCACCGGAAAUCCAUCUUCCGAGUGCAUCCACCUGGAGUGCAACUACCACAGCGACUGCAGUCACUCGGACGCCUGCUUCGAUCACAAAUGCGUCGAUCCUUGCUCUCUGUCGAACGUCUGCGGCCAAGGGGCCGAUUGUUCUCCGCUGAAUCACAGCGCGGUGUGCACUUGUCAACCCGGUGGCACCGGCGACCCGAAUCUGGGAUGCACGCCUGUCCAGUACUGCAAAUCGGACUCUCAGUGUGCAACUGGGUCGGCCUGCAACGGUGGUAUAUGCACAGCACUUUGCGGCAGUACGAGAGACUGCAUCGGCGACCAACUGUGCAUCAACGGCCUCUGCCAGCCCACUUGCAAGAGCAACUCGAGCUGCCCCGAAUUCCAAUACUGCCACAAUAAUGUCUGUGUUCAGGAGCUGCGUUGCUUGUCCGACGACGACUGUUCUUACGACGAAAAGUGCAUCAAGAAUAACAUCGGACAGGCGGAGUGCCAGAAAGUCUGCGACGUGGUGCUCUGUGGACGGAAUGCGGAGUGCAGAGGGGAUGAGCACAGAGCCGUGUGCUCCUGCAAAGGUGGAUUCUUCGGGAAUCCCAAGGACGACAAGAUUGGAUGCCAGCCGAUCGAGUGCGACAGCAACGAGGACUGCAGCGGCGAGAAGAUCUGCGACACGCACAAGUGCAGGAUCGCCUGUUUGGCGCAUAAUCCUUGCGGCGUUAAUGCUGUUUGCUCCGCUGAAAGACACGUCCAGGUGUGCACGUGCCAGCCGGGUUACACCGGCGAGCCGACCCACGGCUGCCAGUUGAUCGAUUACUGCCGGAACGAACCAUGCGCUCCGGGAACGGUUUGCGAGAAUUCCAGGGGAUCGUACAAGUGUCAUUGCCAGCAGGGAAUGGUCGGCGAUGCGUACAACAGCGGAUGUCAGCCGCCGGUCGAAUGCCUGCAAGAUGACGACUGCCCGCUCACCGCCAAGUGCAUAAACGUCAACAACGUGCCAAAGUGUUUCGAUGUUUGCUCGCGGACCCAGUGCGGCCCGAACGCCGACUGUCUCGCUAUCAAUCACGCGGCAACGUGUCAAUGUCGCUCGGAUUACGAGGGCGAUCCGAACAGCCUAAGUGUAGGCUGUCGGCCGAAGCCGGUGAUUUGCUCGUCGGCCGCGGUCUGCUCGCCGAAUACUUAUUGCUACGAGGGAAUCUGCAGACCGUCCUGUCAGUCGGAUGAAGAAUGCAACUUAUCGGACGUGUGCCUGAAUGGACAAUGCUUGGAUCCUUGCAACAUCAGAGCCGCGUGCGGAAUAAACGCCGAGUGCGACGUGAGGAGCCACAUCAAACAGUGCAGCUGUCCCGCGGGCUUCACCGGCAACUCGGAAGUGGAGUGCGUCAGGCUGCCAGUGUCCUGUAGAGACAGCGCCGACUGCAGCGACGGCAACACCUGCCGGGACCACGUGUGCCUGCCGAUCUGCGUGACGGACAACGAGUGCGCGUUCAACGAGAAAUGUGUCCGCGGCAAUUGCCUGCUCACCUGCAGGCUGGACAACGAUUGUUUCCUGGGCCACAUAUGUCUGAACAACAUGUGCUCGUUCGGUUGCCGCGCCGACGAGGACUGCAACGCGAACCAGGCCUGCAUCACGCACAAGUGCAUCGACCCCUGCGAGGCGACACCCUGCGGACCGAACGCAAAGUGCACGGUGUUCAAUCAGCGGGCAACCUGUUCCUGUCCCGCGGGAUUCAUCCCGAACCCCACCGCGAAGGUAGCCUGUCUGCGAUCGCCUGGAACCGCUUGCCAAGCGAACAGGGACUGCGCGACGGGAACUGCCUGUAUCGGAGCCAUCUGCACACCGGUUUGCUCCUCGGACCUGAACUGUCUCAGCAACGAACGCUGCGACCAGACCGGCGUCUGCAAGUCCUUGUGCAGGCGAGACGAAGAUUGCAGGAGCGGCGAGAUCUGCGAGGGCCUGGUCUGCGUCGUCGGAUGUCGCGCGGACGUCGAGUGCCAGGAGAAUUACGCGUGCAUCAACAACCACUGCCAAGAUCCGUGCUCCGUUCCCGAGGCCUGCGGAGUGAACGCCAAGUGUUCGGUCGUGAAUCAUCAGAAAUUAUGCGCCUGUCCUGCUCCGCUCGGCGGAGACCCUCUAAUUGGAUGUAAGCAGGCGUUCCUCCCUUGCUCGACCGAGCUCGACUGCCCGACCGGUCAGACUUGUUACGGCCGGUCCUGUUACGCCACGUGUAGGAGCGACGCGAACUGCCUCAGCGACGAACGCUGCGACGCCGGAAUCUGCAAGGCCAUCUGCAACAGCGACGACCACUGCCUGGCCAAUCAGAUCUGCCAGAACAGGCUCUGCGACAUCGGCUGUCGCAGCGAUAACACCUGCCCGAACGACGAGUCCUGCGUGAACAACAACUGCAGGAACACCUGUGCGAGCGGCGAGGCUUGCGGAGAGUGCGCCGGCUGUCGCGUGGUGAACCACGUUGCGCAAUGCAGCUGUCCUGCGAACUACUACGGCAACGCUCUGAUCAGCUGCGUGAAGUCGAUGAUCCCUUGCGACGGGUCCUGCGAGUGCGACGAGAUUGGAUUCUGCACGACGAGCUGCUCCAGCCAGGAACAGUGCUCCUGCGGAGAGCAUUGCCAUUCUGGGAAAUGCCGCAUCAAGUGUGACGUCAACAACGCGUGUCCGAAGGGCUACGUCUGCGACGGAGGCUUGUGUCUGAUCGGCUGCCGCACUCACUCCGACUGUCCGUCGUCAUUAUCCUGCAUCAGCAAUCAAUGCGAAGACCCCUGCUCCGCGAAUGGCUCGCCUUGUGGAAUCAACGCACUCUGCCGCGUGUCCAAUCACCGCGCGGUCUGCCUUUGUCCAGAAGGCUUCCAGGGAGAGCCUAGUCAAGAAUGCUACCAGCUGGAGUGCCAUCGGGACGAUGACUGCGAAGCGAACAAACGUUGCAGCGAGGAUGGCGUUUGCACCAAUCCUUGCCUGCAGCACGGUGUCUGCGGCUUUAACGCUCAAUGCAGAGUGGUCAACAGGAAGGCGCAGUGCUCUUGUCCACCUGGACACUACGGAAACCCGAAGAUCAACUGCAAGAAAGGUGGUGACCAGUGUUUGAGGAGACCAUGCGGCGUGAACGCCAAGUGCAGAGAGACUCUGAACGGCUUCGAAUGCACCUGCGAUCCUGGAUGCCAAGGAGAUCCUCAUCAGGCUUGUAUCUGCGACGGAGGGGAGCUCUGCAAAGACACUCGCUGCGGUCUGAAUGCUGCUUGCCGCAUCUACAAGAACCAGCCGCAGUGCUAUUGCCCACCUAACUUCCCGUUCGGAGAUCCUAUGCACAGCUGUAGCAUAGAUAGGAGUCUAGGUGACUGUCGCACGAACGGCUGCGGAAAGGGCGCGGAAUGCAUCAGGGACAGCACGAUAUUCGUCUGUCGGUGUCCACCUGGUACGAGCGGUGCGCCGGACGACGAGUGCACGACAGAGCGCGAAUGCACCAGCGACCUAGAGUGCCCCAAUGAAAAAGCCUGCAUAAAUCUGCAAUGCGUGGACCCGUGCGGUUUGCGCGGCGCCUGUGGGAUCAACGCGCUCUGCCGUGUGGUUCUGCACAAGCCACGCUGCUCCUGUCCGCAGUGUUAUAUCGGCAUGCCCCACACGGCCUGUCAUCCAGAUCCCAAAUGCGACACGCUCAAUCCCCGACCUACACCGAGCAUCGGUUGCUCCUCCGAUCACGAUUGCCCGGAGAGCCUCGCGUGCCACUCGCGCACCGGCGAGUGCCGAGACCCGUGUCUCAGCCCCCAGUACAGCUGCGAGGUAAACAAGAGGUGUCAGGUGUGGAAACACAGGCCCACCUGCGUCUGCAAGUACGGUUUCGUGUUGAACGAGCUCGGUGAGCUGACCUGCGGCCCCGACACCUUGACCUGCGACCGGGACUUCGACUGUCCGUCGAACGCCGCGUGCGUCAGCGGGAAAUGCCAGAACCCCUGUAACGUCCGUAAGAAAAGACCGUGCCCGGCCGAUAAAACCUGCGAUGUCCUGGACCACCGUCCCGUCUGCAUAUGCACACAAAACUGCAAUCCCUCCCUCUCCAUUUGCCUGCGAGACAGUGGCUGCUCUCCAGACUUGGCGUGCCGCAACUAUCGCUGCGUGGACCCAUGCAGAAACUCCACCUGUCCGGCUGAUGCCCCCUGUUACGUGGAGGAGCACAAGCCUAUCUGCAAGUUCUGUCCCCCCGGCUUUGUGCCAGAUACUAAAUACGGAUGCAUGAAAGCAUCUCAGCAUAGGCCCGACAAUCGCUGCGAGUCCGACGACGACUGCAACGACACAGAAGCCUGUGUCGGUGGGUCCUGCGUUGAUCCUUGCGCCGGCCACUGUCAAUCGGUAGCUCGGUGUCGCGUUAAAGCACACAGGCCAAUUUGCGGCUGCGACGAUUCAGACGAACGUUGCGUUCACACUAACACUACGCCCGUCGUUGAACACUCGACACUAGAAUACAACGAGACAUCUACACUAUCGACGAUCACACAGCCCGCAGUUAGCACUGUGACUUCUUUCGAGGAGGCCACGACCGUUUCGUACGCCGAGGAAAGCACACAGUCUUCGAGUGUAGAGAAAGGUUCCACUUCGGCGACUACAGCUAUCGAAAGCUCUUCCGAGAGCGUCGCAGUACAUACCAUUGUCCCGGACAGUACUGUUUCCACUGGUAGCUCGUUCGAGGUACACACCGGUCCCGGUAGUUCGGAAGAAAGCACGGAAACUGUUUCGGUUGUAACUAUGACGACUAUGCCAUCGACUGGCGAGGCAGCAGAGACAACAGGUUUUGAGAUCGCGACAACUUUGCGGCCGGAAAGUAACGAACACACGACUGUCGAAAGCACGGUAGAGACGGAAUCGGCGUCUCAAAAUACGACGGAUAACGUUGUGAUAGUGACGCCGCUUACUUUUGACAGACACUCGUCACAGUCUCCUGUGGAAGAGGUUUUCACAGUGACGGCUAUUCCUGUACACACUACCGAGACACCGAUACAUGUUACAGAAUCUCAAGAGACGACUGUUCCAUUAAUUCCCACCGAAAGUUCUGUGCUCGAAGAACAUUCGACGGAAACGCAGGUCGUUACGGAAGCUCCCGAGCUAACGACUACUGAAAAGGCUACUCUAAUUACUGUGACAGCGCAGUAUCCUCUAGAAACCGAAGUUACUGAGUUAGAGCAUGGGACAGUUGUUACUGUCACUGCUCAGUAUCCUUUGAUCCAUGAGACGACUCUAGGAUCUACAACUGAAAUGUAUUAUACUGAUAGAACUACGCAACAGUUCUCGACGAGUGGGCAGUACGCCACAGAGCAACCUGCAACAACUACACAAUACACUACAGAAGAACCUUCAAUAACUGAACAGCAUACUACAGAACAACCUUCAACAACUGAACAGCAUACUACAGAACAACCUUCAACAACUGAACAGCAUACUACAGAACAACCUUCAACAACUGAACAGCAUAGUACAGAAAAACCUUCUACACUAGAAACGUACUCAACAACUACACAAUAUACCACAGAACAAACGUCGACAACAGAUCAUUACUUAACAACUAAACAGUACACUACAGAACAACCUUCAACAACAAAUCAUUACUUAACAACUAAACAGUACACUACAGAACAAAUUUCGACAACUGAACCAUACACUACAGAACAGCCUUCGACAACAGAUCAUUACUUAACAACUAAACAGUACACUACAAAACAAAUUUCGACAACUGAACCAUACAUUACAGAACAGCGUUCGACAACUGAACAAUACACUACAGAGCAACAUUCAACAACUGAACCAUACACUACAGAACAAAUUUCGACAACUGAACCAUACAUUACAGAACAGCGUUCGACAACUGAACAAUACACCACAGAGCAACAUUCAACAACUGAACCAUACACUGCCGAACAAUCUUCGACAACAGAACAAUAUUCGACAACUGAACAGUACACUACAGAACAACCUUUGACAACAGAAGAAUAUUCGAUAACUGGACAAUACACUACAGAACAAAUUUCAACAACUAAACAAUACACUACAGAACAACCUUCUACAUCUGAACAGUACACUACAGAACAAUAUUCGACAACUGAACCAUACACUACAGGACAAUCUUCUACGUCAGAACAGUAUUCAACACCUACACAGUACACUACAGAACAACCUUCAACAACUAAACAGUACACCACAGAACAUUAUUUAACAACUGAACAGUAUGCCACAGAAAAGCCAUCGACAACAGAAUAUUAUUUAACAACUGAAGAACACUUUACAAUACCAUCGAGCACCACCGAAGAGGUCGUCGAUCAAACUUCAACAACUACUUCGAUGUUCGAACAGGUUACAGAGACAUCUUCAACAACCGAAUUACACUAUACAGAACAAGUUUCAACAAUCAAAAACCCUUUUACGAGUGAACACAUUCCAACUGUUGAACCGUGUUGUACAGAAUCCACCUCGACAACUGAACCAUAUUCUACAGAAUUCACUUCGACAACCGAACCGUAUUCUACCGAAUUCACUUCGACAACCGAACGGUAUUCUACCGAAUUUACUUCGACAACCGAAUCGCAUUCUACGGAAACAUCAACAGAACCGUAUUCUACGGAAUACACUACAACAACAGAACCGUAUUCUACAGAAAACACUACAACAACAGAACCGUAUUCUACAGAAUACACUACAACAACCGAUCACUAUCGAACAGAGUACACUUCAACAACCGAACCAUAUUCCACAGACCAUACAACAAAGACCGAACAGUACUCUACAGAAGUGUACUCGACAACCGAACAAUCUAAAACAAUGACGCCCGGUUCAGGGUGCGAUAUCUGUUCGAAUGGUAGAUGUCGUUGCAAAACCGAUGAACCGUGCACAGAUAAGUCUAAAUGCGAGGUACCGAUCGAUCGGCCCGUGUGCUUCAACCUAACAGUCGACCAGAGUACAUCUAAUUGUAGCGUACUCCCAGAUACCAAAUGCAGAACGCACGACGACUGUCUCUCCCAGCUGGCCUGCAUAAACCAACAGUGCCUGAACCCGUGCACCGUCGAGAACCCGUGCGACUUCGUCGAAGUUUGCCACGUGCAAGAUCACAGACCAGUUUGCGUGAAAGACGUACUGAACGACACCAGUUGUCCUUACUGUCCGCCCGGCAUGCAGUGCGACCCAGCGUCCAACACAUGCGUCAAAGCGGGUUGCACUAGCGACAAAGAUUGCCCGUUGACCGCGGCGUGCAUCGCGGGCACUUGCCAGGAACCCUGCCUGAACCGGAACCCCUGCGUCAAGAAUGCAGUUUGCGUGAACUCGAACCAUCGAGCGGAGUGCAGCUGCGACGACGGCUACCAUGGAAACGGAUUCCUUUAUUGCGCUAUGGACGACGAGGGAAAGAACGUCUGCCACUACAACGAGGACUGUCCGCCGAGCAAGUACUGCGAUCGCCUAAACAGAAGGUGCAUCGAUCCUUGCUUGGAGACAAGCUGUGGCGAGAAGGCGGCCUGUCAGCCAGUGAACCACCAAGCACAGUGCAAAUGUCUGCUAGGAUACGAAGGAAAUCCUUUGAUCGGCUGCACCACGAUAUCCUCGGAUCCUUGCGUCCCAAAUCCUUGCGGUUUGGACGCGAUGUGCGAGAACGACAACGGCAAUCCUGUCUGCUUCUGUCCGAAGGGCUUGACCGGUAAUCCGUUCGAGCAGUGCAUUCCAGACGGCGACAAUUGCCAAGGCAAUCCCUGCGGAAUCAACGCAGGCUGCCGUUUGGUAGCGGGCGACAUCAGAUGCUUCUGCCUGCCAGGCUACGAGGGUUAUCCUCCUCUGACACCAUGCGUGUUGCCCAGUAACCCUUGCGAGCCGUCACCCUGCGGACCCAACACCCAAUGCACCGUUCUCCACAAUGGACUCUCCAAGUGCACUUGCUUGCCCGGUUACAUCGAAAGUCCCAAUACCAUCAGAGGUUGCGCGCCGAAAUCCGACCAGUGCGAGCCAAAUCCCUGCGGCCUCGGCGCAAGCUGCGACGCGAACAGAAUACCACCUUGCUACUGUCCCGUGAACACUGUCGGCAAUCCUUAUCAAAGUUGUGCCUCACCACCGGACAAUGUUCACGAUCCGUGCUUGCUGAUCCCUUGCGGCAAGAACGCGAUCUGCGUCAACGCGAACGGCAUCGCCAGAUGCGAAUGCGUCCCACCGUACAUGGGAAAUCCGUAUAUGGAUGGUUGCGAGGCCGAGUGCAUCGUGAACCAGGACUGCGACUCUCAUCUGGCCUGCUUCAAUCAACAUUGCAGAGAUCCCUGUCCAGGUGUGUGCGGCGCCAAUGCGAAGUGCGAGGUGGACAGCCACGUUCCCAUCUGUUCUUGUCUGCCUGGAUACACCGGCGACCCGUUCGGGUCUUGCAAGAUCGAGAAAUCACCGCUUCCGGCUCAGAAUCCUUGCAUGCCAUCGCCUUGCGGUCCGCACAGUAUUUGCCGUGUGAUGAACGACCGCGCCGUCUGCUCCUGCAGCCCGGGCUACCACGGCACGCCGCCAUCUUGUCGGCCAGAGUGUCUAGUCAGCUCCGAUUGUCCUAUUCACCUCGCUUGCAUAGGGCAAAAGUGCAGCGACCCUUGCCCCGGCUUGUGCGGCCAGAAUGCUCUGUGCCAAGUCGUCAGCCACAAUCCUCUUUGCAGCUGUCCUCCUGAGUUCACCGGGGAUCCGUUCACUCAAUGCGUCAAAGAAGUUAUACCGAUACCUGGACCCAAGAACCCCUGCGUGCCAUCUCCCUGCGGACCAAACGCAGACUGCCGAGUGCAAGAGGAUCAUCCUGUCUGCACCUGCAUCAGCGGCAUGUUCGGAGCACCGCCGAACUGUAGGCCGGAGUGUCUGAUCCAUCAGGACUGCCCCAACUACCUCGCCUGCGUCCAGAAGAAGUGCGUGGAUCCUUGCGCUGGAUCCUGCGGGUUCAACACGAACUGCACUGUCCAGAGUCAUCGACCUAUGUGUCAGUGCUAUAGUGGAUACGAAGGGGAUCCUUUCUCAGGAUGCAGCAAAGCUUCUUACCCGGUGUCAUUACCUUGCGACCCAUCGCCUUGCGGAGCGAAUGCUGUCUGCAAAGAAAGGAACGGAGUCGGGUCCUGCGCCUGUUUGCCUGACUACACCGGCGAUCCUUACGCAGGCUGCAGGCCGGAAUGCGUUCAGAACUCCGACUGCGUGCAGUCGAAGGCCUGCAUAAACAACAGAUGCAAGGACCCUUGCCUGGGCGCUUGUGGAUUGAACGCACAGUGUCAAGUUAUCAACCAUCAAACCGCUUGCAGCUGUUUGCCCGAUUAUACUGGCGAUCCACUGAAAUCCUGUCAUUUGGCACCCGUCACACCGCUCCCAGGCGAUCCAUGUCAACCGUCUCCUUGCGGACCAUACAGCAAUUGUCGCGUGAUUGACAACCAUGCAGUCUGCUCUUGCCAGCCGAACUACAUUGGCAGUCCACCGCAGUGUCGUCCAGAGUGUGUGGUCAGCACCGAUUGUGCUCAGAACGCCGCCUGCAUCCAUCAGAAGUGCGGCGACCCUUGCGUGGGCACUUGCGGACAGAACGCCGACUGCCAAGUGAUCAAUCACAAUCCUGUGUGCAGUUGUUCCUCCGGAUACACCGGUGAUCCGUUCUUCGGAUGCGUCAAAGAACCCGAGGGCAAGGUACCAGAAAAGGAACCAAGCGGCAACCCGUGUCUUCCAUCGCCUUGCGGAGCGAAUUCUCAAUGUCGCGUGAUAGACGGCUUCCCCGCCUGCUCCUGUCUACCUAACUAUGUAGGCAGAGCACCCAACUGCCGGCCGGAAUGCGUCAUCAACGAUGGCUGCCCUGGAAAUUUGGCUUGUCAGAACGAACAGUGCGUCGAUCCUUGUCCCGGCUCUUGCGGCAUCAACACAUACUGCAAUGUCGUCAAACACAAUCCCGUUUGCACCUGCAGCCCCGGCUUCACUGGGGAUCCGUUCACCGAGUGCACUCUGAUCGUGGAAGUACCCACCACGACGGAGCAACCUCGGACACCGUGCAACCCGUCUCCCUGCGGCGCUAACGCAGUGUGCAACGAGAGGAACGGCGUAGGAUCCUGUACCUGUCUCUCGGAGUACAUCGGCGAUCCUUACACAGGCUGCAGACCGGAAUGCGUCACGAACACCGACUGCGACCGCGACAAGGCGUGCCUGAACAACAAGUGCGUGAACCCUUGUCCCGACACCUGCGGUCAAGGAGCCACCUGCAGAGUGGUGAACCACGCUCCAUCCUGCUCCUGUCUACCAGGAUACACGGGCGAUCCUUUCAACGCUUGCGUCGGAAUCGAGGACAGGCCGCAGCCGAUCCCAGAGAAUCCUUGCGAGCCAUCGCCUUGCGGACCCAACAGCAACUGUCGCGUGCACAACGAGCACGCUGUCUGCCUAUGCCAGCCGGGAUUCGUGGGAAUACCACCCACCUGUCGUCCAGAGUGCACGGUCAGCUCCGAGUGUCCCCAGAACAAGGCGUGCAUCGAGAACAAGUGCGCCGAUCCUUGUCCAGGAUCCUGCGGAGUGAACACCAAGUGUCUGACCGUGAACCACAAUCCCAUCUGCACCUGUGCACCUGGGUUCACCGGCAAUCCACUAGUUCAGUGCACCAGACACAACGUGUCCGACGUGCCGGACAAGGAAGCUGAGAACCCGUGCUCCCCGAACCCUUGCGGGCCGAACUCUCAAUGCAGAGUGAUCGGCUCUCAGCCAGCCUGCUCCUGUCUGCUCAACUUCAUUGGACGUCCUCCGAACUGCAGGCCAGAGUGCACCGACGACUCCGAGUGCUUCCACUCGGCCGCUUGCAUCAACCAACGCUGCAAGAACCCUUGUCCCGGAGCCUGCGGGGAACUGGCCAGGUGCAACGUUCAGAACCACCUUCCCAUCUGCACUUGUCCUGAGGGCUACGAAGGCGACGCUUCUGUCCGUUGCACUUUGGCACCGAGUCCCACGACGGACAUCAGCGUGGCCAACCCGUGCUCGCCGAAUCCUUGCGGCCCUAACGCUCAAUGCCGCGAGAGGAACGGCGCUGGAGCCUGCGCCUGUCCACCAGAUCUGAUCGGCGAUCCCUACGACAACGAGAGAGGAUGUCACAGAGAGUGCGAGUUGAACAACGACUGUGCCCCGCAGUUGUCUUGCAUCGGGUUCAAGUGCACCGAUCCUUGUCCAAGCACUUGCGGUACUUUGUCCAUCUGCAAUGUUCAGCAACACGUGCCGGUGUGCACCUGUCCUCCUGGGUACACGGGAGAUCCGUACUUCGCUUGCGAGAUCAAGGAAAUGUCGAAGGGACCUCCGUUAGAUCCGUGCUCGCCGUCCCCCUGCGGACCCAACAGCAAGUGCCGUGAAGUGAACGGACAGGCUGUGUGCACGUGUCUUCCAGAGUACAGCGGAAUUCCGCCGAGCUGCAGACCGGAAUGCGUCGCGAACGGCGAAUGUCCGCCUCAUUUGGCCUGCUUGAACAAGAAAUGUACCGAUCCUUGUCCGAACACCUGUGGAUUGAGGGCUCAAUGCACCACCAAGAAUCAUAAUCCUAUUUGCUCGUGUCCUGUCGGCUUCACUGGUGAUCCUUUCACCCAGUGUACGCUUAUCGCUUACAACACCACCUCGGUAUCGGAACGCCCGCCGUCUUGCACUCCGUCGCCUUGCGGACCGAAUUCCCUGUGCCAAGUUAUAUCCGGAAACCCUGCGUGUUCAUGUCUGCCAAAUUACAUUGGAGUUCCUCCCGAGUGCAGGCCGGAGUGUAUUCUGAGCUCCGAGUGCAAGAGCCAUCUUGCCUGCGUCAAUCAGAAGUGUCAGGAUCCCUGCGUGGGCUCCUGCGGAGUGAACGCUCAGUGCCAUGUCCUCAAUCACAUACCCGUGUGCACCUGCAUGGCAGGAUUCACCGGUGAUCCGUUCACGCAGUGCAUCGUCCUUCCUCCGACCACGUUGCCACCAAUCAGCGACCCCUGCAACCCAUCACCUUGCGGACCCAACGCUCUCUGCACGAACGGCGACUGCCAGUGUCUCCCAGAGUACAUUGGCAACCCCUACGAAGCCUGUCGUCCGGAAUGCGUCCUCAACCUGGAGUGCCCUCGCGACAGGACCUGCCUACGAAACAAGUGCAAGGAUCCCUGCCCAGGAGCCUGCGGUCAGAGCGCCCUGUGCGACAUCGUGAACCAUAUACCCAGCUGCUCUUGUCCUCCUGGAUACGUUGGAGAUCCUUUCGUCAACUGUCGUAUCCAGCCACAAGUCCCAAUGCCAUCGAGGGACCCGUGCUCUCCGUCACCCUGCGGACCGAACAGUCAGUGCCGCAACAUAGAGGACCACGCUGUGUGCUCCUGUCUGCAAGGAUACCUCGGAUCCCCGCCAUCUUGUAGACCAGAAUGUGUAGUCAGCUCGGAGUGUCCACCGACUCGAGCCUGCGUGAACAAGAAGUGCACCGAUCCUUGCUUAGGCUCCUGCGGCCUGAACGCGAGGUGCGAGGUGAUCAAUCAUUCGCCGAUCUGCAGUUGCUUGCCUGGUCAGACCGGGGAUCCCUUCAAGAGUUGCUACGACGUGCAAACCAUUCCAGAGUCCAAGGACACUGGCGAGCCCUGCAACCCGUCACCCUGCGGACCGAACGCCCAGUGUCAGGAUGUAAACGGCUACCCAUCCUGCUCCUGCCUGCCCGCGUACAUAGGAACGCCGCCAUCUUGUCGACCGGAGUGUCUGAUCAAUCCCGACUGCCCUACCGACAAGGCCUGCAUCAAUUCGAAGUGCACGGAUCCCUGUCCAGGGUCCUGCGCUGAGAAUGCCAAGUGCAUCGUUGUCAACCAUGCUGUCAUAUGCACCUGCACCGGAGGAUUCACCGGGAAUCCGUUUGUGCAGUGCGUCGAGCUGGAAGAGGAAGCAAUCAAUCCCUGCGAGCCGUCACCUUGCGGUCCCAACGCGGUCUGCCAGCAACGCGACAACGUCGGGGCCUGCAUAUGCAUCGACGACUACCACGGCAAUCCCUACGAGGGCUGCCAACCGGAGUGCAUCCUCAGCUCGGACUGUCCGACGAACAAAGCCUGCGUUCGCAACAAAUGCGAGGACCCUUGUCCAGGAAUAUGCGGGGUCCGUGCUCAGUGCUCUGUCAUCAAUCACAUCCCAACGUGCACCUGUGAACCCGGCUACGUGGGAGAUCCGUUCACCAUCUGCAACCUGCCGAUAGCAGCGGACACAGAGCCCUCAGUGGUAGAUCCUUGCAGUCCAUCGCCAUGCGGACCGAACAGCUUGUGCAGAGCCGUGAACGAACAAGCCGUCUGUACCUGCCACGAGAACUUCAUCGGAACUCCUCCGAACUGCAGACCCGAGUGCGUCGUCAACUCCGAGUGCCCGCAGAACAGAGCCUGCUACAAGCAUAAGUGCACGGAUCCUUGUCCGGGAACCUGUGGAGUCGGAGCGAACUGUCGCGUCAUCAACCAUAAUCCGCUGUGCAGCUGUCCACAGGGCACCACCGGGGAUCCGUUCUCAAGAUGCUUCCCGCAGACAGUCACGCCGAUUCCUCCGAUUGGUGAUCCAUGCGCGCCAAGCCCGUGCGGCCUUUAUGCCGAAUGCAGAGCGAUCGCCGACCAAGCUGCCUGCUCUUGCCUGAAGAAUUACAUCGGACUGCCGCCGAACUGUCGGCCAGAGUGCGUUGUUAACACGGACUGUCCAUCGAACCAGGCCUGCAUCUCCGAGAAGUGUCGGGAUCCUUGCGUCGGGUCAUGUGGCCAGAACGCAGAUUGCCGGGUGCAGAAUCACAUUCCUGUUUGCCUCUGCCAACAGGAAUACACUGGCGACCCCUUCACCCUGUGCACGCAGCUUAUCAAACAACCGAAACUACCUGAAGACCUAUGCAACCCAUCCCCUUGCGGACCGAACGCAGAAUGCGACGAGGGCAACUGCAAAUGCCUGCAAAAUUACUUCGGCGAUCCCUAUUCCUACUGUCGUCCAGAAUGCACUAUGAACUCGGACUGUUCUCGAGUGAAAGCAUGCGUCAAUCAUUAUUGCGUGGAUCCUUGCGUGGGCACGUGUGGCACGAGCGCGCGUUGCGACGUUGUGAAUCACAUCCCAAUGUGCAGUUGUCCACCAGGCACCACUGGAGAUCCAUUCACUCUGUGUCGACCGCACAUAGCUGACGAACCCAGAAAACAGCCCUGCACCCCAUCACCUUGCGGUGCAAACAGCAUCUGCAAAGUGGUGAACGAUCACGCGGUCUGCUCUUGUCAGCCAGGAUUGAUUGGCAGUCCUCCAGCCUGCAGGCCCGAGUGCAUAGUCAGCGCUGAUUGUCCUUUGACUCAAGCCUGCCUCGGUAAUAAGUGUCAGGACCCGUGUCCCGGCACCUGCGGACAGAACUCUAAGUGCCAUGUCGUCAACCAUAAUCCGAUAUGCAGCUGCUACGAGGGGCACACCGGCGAUCCUUUCACUAGGUGUUACCCGAUGCCCAGAGAACCUCCAAGGCCCGUGAACCCGUGCCAGCCAUCGCCGUGCGGCCCGAACGCGGAGUGUCAAGUGCGCGGCGAGAGUCCCGUGUGUUCGUGUACACAAAAUUACAUCGGCGUGCCGCCGAAUUGCCGGCCCGAGUGCACGAUCAAUCCGGAGUGCCCGCCGCAUUUGUCGUGUUUGCAACAGAAGUGUCGCGACCCGUGUGUCGGUUUGUGCGGUUCGAACGCGCAGUGUUCGGUGGUGAACCAUCAGGCGGUGUGCGCCUGCACCGAAGGCUACACCGGAAAUCCGUUCAGCGUUUGCGAGCCGGUUGCCCAGGAUGAACGCCCAAGCAUUAGGGAACCCUGCAGGCCUUCCCCGUGCGGUAUCAACGCUCUAUGCCGUGAGAACAACGGCGUCGGCCAGUGUUCCUGUCCACCAGACUUCCUAGGUGACCCGUACACCCGCUGCAGGCCCGAGUGCACGCAAAAUUCCGAUUGCGCGAAGACCAUGGCCUGCAUGGGCGUCAGGUGCAGGGACCCCUGUCUGGGCACCUGUGGACUGCAGGCCCAAUGCCAAACCGUCAAUCAUGUGCCCGUCUGUUCUUGUAACCCUGGACACACCGGCAACCCCUUCACCUACUGUACCCCGGCCCUGUCUGAUCCGACCCCCGUAGACCCGUGUAGCCAGUCCCCCUGCGGACCCAACAGUAAGUGUCGAAACGUGGACAGCCACGCCGUGUGCACCUGCCUCCCGAAUUUCACGGGGAACCCGCCGAACUGUCGGCCCGAGUGCGUGGUGAACAACGACUGUCCCCGGGAGUUGGCGUGCAUCAACCAAAGGUGCACGUCCCCAUGCGCGAACUCGUGCGGCAUCAACACGCAAUGCAGGGUGAUCAACCACAGCCCCAUUUGCUCCUGCAACAACGGAUACACCGGAGACCCGUUCACCACUUGCUUCCCUGCUCCACAACCACCCCAAAACGACAACGCUCUAGCCCCGAUAGACCCCUGCGUGCCAUCCCCCUGCGGUCUCUACGCAGAAUGCAGGAAUAUCGGAGGCACUGCGUCCUGCUCCUGUCUAAUCAGAUACAUUGGCUCCCCUCCGAACUGUCGGCCAGAGUGUCGGGUCAACUCCGACUGCCCCAUGAGCCUCGCCUGCACAGGAGAGAAGUGCAGAGACCCUUGUCAAGGCUCCUGCGGGGUCACCUCCCUCUGCACCGUGUACAACCACGUCCCCGUGUGCACCUGUCCCGAAGGUUACACCGGCGACCCCUUCAGCAACUGUUACCUGGCCCCCAUCGAACCACCUCAACCAGUUGUCACUGAUCCUUGCGCGUCCACGCCCUGCGGACCCAAUGCGCGCUGCAACAAUGGCGUGUGCACCUGUUUACCCGAGUAUCAAGGCGAUCCUUACGUUGGCUGUCGGCCGGAGUGCGUGUUGAACACCGAUUGUCCCCAGAAUCGCGCCUGCGUGAGGAACAAGUGCGUUGAUCCUUGUCCGGGCACCUGCGGCAGAAAUGCGCAGUGUCUUGUGUUCAAUCACGUUCCCAUGUGCAGCUGCCCUAAUGGAAUGGAAGGGAACGCUUUUGUUCAGUGUACCGUUGCACGAGAUCCUAUACAGCGCAACCCUUGCUCGCCCUCGCCCUGCGGGCCCAACAGCGUCUGCCGAGAGGUGAACAGUCAACCGGUAUGCAGUUGCGUGUCAGGUUUCCUGGGUGUACCGCCUGCUUGCAGGCCAGAGUGCACGGUAAGCUCGGACUGUCCUCUAACAGAAGCUUGUAGCAAUCAGAGAUGCGUGAACCCGUGUCCCGGCUCCUGUGGCAUCGGCGCAGUGUGCAACGUGGUUAAUCACAACCCGUUGUGCAGCUGCUCGCCAGGAUUAACUGGCGAUCCGUUCGUCCGGUGCAUUUUGCAACCGGACGAUGUACCGAUCACGAACCCUUGCGAACCCUCCCCGUGUGGUCCAAACGCGCAAUGUCGCGUCGCGAACGACGCACCCUCUUGUUCUUGCCUGCCGGAGUUCAUCGGCGCUCCUCCGAACUGCCGACCCGAGUGCAUCAGCAACAGCGAGUGCGCCAGCCAGCUGGCCUGCAUAAAUCAGAAGUGCAGGGAUCCUUGCCCGGGUUCUUGCGCUGCCAACGCCGAUUGUCGCGUUGUCAGUCACACACCGAUGUGCGUGUGCCCCGGCGACUUCACCGGCGACCCCUUCACUCAGUGCAACCCUAAGCCACCUGUGCCCGUCUAUCUCUCCCCCUGCGAACCAUCCCCCUGCGGCUUCAGCGCGGUCUGCAAAGAACAAAACGGCGUCGGCUCCUGCUCCUGUCUCCCCGAUUACAUCGGGAACCCCUACGACGGCUGUCGGCCGGAGUGCGUGAUCGACACGGAUUGCGCUUCCACCUUGAGCUGCAUCCGCUCGAGGUGCCAAAACCCGUGUCCUGGCACCUGCGGCGCCAACGCCGAGUGUCAGGUCAUCAAUCAUCGACCUGCGUGCACGUGCAUUGCAGGGUACAGCGGAAAUCCUUUCCAAUAUUGCACCUUGAUCCGUGAGAUAGAAGACACACAGUAUAAGGACCCUUGCAACCCCUCGCCCUGCGGCCCCAACAGUCAAUGUCGCGUGGUCAACGGCCAAGGAGUCUGCUCUUGCUUACCAGAAUACACAGGAUCUCCACCCAUGUGUCGUCCGGAAUGCGUUCUAAACUCAGAAUGCCCCGAGAACCGAGCCUGCAUGAACCGGAAAUGCGUGGACCCUUGUCCGAACUCCUGCGGCACGUUCGCCACUUGCGUGGUCCGCAACCACAGUCCGAUUUGCGCCUGCAGAGACUCGUACACUGGAGAUGCUUUCACCAGAUGCUUCCCAAUUCCACCACCUCAAGCACCCACGGAAGUCGAAGUUUCGCAACCCUGUUUCCCGUCUCCUUGCGGUCCGUACUCAGAAUGUCGCGUUGUAAACGGUGGACCGUCCUGUCAGUGUCUGGCCAAUUACAUUGGCAGCCCUCCCAGCUGUAGACCGGAGUGCACUAUCAAUCCCGACUGUCCUAGCGAUAGAGCCUGCAUCAGACAACGAUGCUCGGAUCCUUGCUCAGGGUCCUGCGGAGUUGGGGCACAGUGUAGCGUCUUCAAUCACGUGCCUAUGUGCAUGUGCAUCGAAGGGUACACUGGCGAUCCCUUCAGCAAUUGCUACCCUGCACCGCCUGAACAGACACCGCCCUCCGAGACCGAUCCUUGCAACCCAUCGCCUUGUGGGCCGAAUGCACAAUGCAACGCAGGUGUAUGCACCUGCUUGCCAGACUACCAGGGCGACCCUUACACCAGUUGUCGUCCAGAGUGCGUUCUGAACAACGACUGUCCUCUAAACAGAGCUUGCGUUCGCAACAAGUGCGUGGACCCUUGUCCAGGUACCUGCGGCAGAGACGCAAUUUGCAAUGUCCUGAACCACGUGCCAAUGUGCAGUUGCCCUAUGGGAAUGUCCGGAAACGCUUUCCUAUCCUGUGACAGAGUCGAAGAACCGCCCCAGACGAACCCUUGUAAUCCAACCCCCUGCGGACCCAACAGCCAAUGUCGAGCCAUAAACGGCCAAGCUGUGUGCUCUUGUGUGCAAGGAUACCUUGGCAGUCCGCCAUCUUGUAGGCCAGAGUGCGUAGUUAGCUCAGAUUGUCCCAGGAACCAAGCUUGCAACAACCAGAAGUGCAUCGACCCUUGCGUAGGCACCUGCGGAUUGAGGGCAUUGUGCCAGGUCGUGAACCAUAACCCAGUUUGCAGCUGCCCUUCGGGAUUCGCCGGUGAUCCGUUCACUAGAUGCGAGUUUAUGCCGAUGAUCACCCCGACAGAAGACACAUGCGAAUCCUGCCAAUGCGGACCCAAUUCGGUCUUCCAAACGAUCAACGGGAGCCCGUCCUGCGCCUGUUUGCCCGACUUUAUCGGUUCCCCACCGAACUGCAGACCCGAAUGCGUGAGCAACAGCGAGUGCUCGAGCAACUUGGCUUGCAUAAAACGGAAGUGUCAGGAUCCUUGUCCAGGAUCGUGCGGAUCAAACGCGGAAUGCCGCGUGGUCAGUCAUACACCCAUGUGCGGUUGCCUAACCGGCUAUACUGGCGAUCCCUUCACACAGUGUACACUAAAACGACCCGAACCCACGGUGUCCCCAUGCCAGCCGUCACCCUGCGGCCCCAAUGCGAUUUGCAAAGAGCAAAACGGAGCAGGUUCCUGUUCCUGCGCCCCGGAUUACAUAGGCAACCCCUACGAAGGAUGUCGACCAGAGUGCACAGUCAGCUCGGACUGUCCCUCGAAUCUGGCCUGCAUUCGGUCCAAGUGCCAGAACCCUUGUCCCGGCACCUGUGGCCCGAACGCAGACUGCACGGUGAUCAAUCACCUGCCGAGUUGCACUUGCUGGCCCGGAUACACCGGAGACCCGUUCUCCAACUGCUACGUACAGCAGCAGACCACCCCCGAGCCAGUAAACCCGUGUAACCCCUCUCCGUGCGGACCCAACAGUCAAUGCCACGUGUCGAACGGCCAGGCAGUCUGUGCCUGCUACCUUGGCUACGUUGGCAGUCCACCUGGAUGCCGACCGGAGUGCGUCGUCAGCUCAGAAUGCCCCCUGAACCGAGCCUGCAUCGGUCAAAAAUGCGACGACCCCUGCGCAGGCCGUUGCGGCGACAACACCGACUGCAGAGUCGUCAAUCACAGUCCGAUCUGCACUUGCAGAUUGGACUUCACCGGCGACCCCUUCACCAGAUGCUUCCCGACGCCAAAGCCAUCGCCAGCCCUCGUAGAAAACUCUUGCGUGCCAUCACCUUGCGGCCCCAACUCAGAGUGCCGCGACAUAGGCGGCUCUCCAUCCUGUUCCUGUUCACCGAACUACAUAGGUAGUCCGCCGAACUGUCGUCCAGAGUGUACCAUAAACCCCGAUUGCCCCAGCAACCGGGCUUGCAUGAGGGAGAGAUGCGCGGACCCCUGUCCUGGCUCCUGCGGGAUCGGAGCAACUUGCAAUGUGAUCCAGCACGUUCCCACGUGCGUUUGCCCCGAAGGUUUCACCGGAGAUCCAUUCACUAGUUGCCAGCCUUUACCUCCACCAUCAAUGGAUAUCCCGUCGAACCCCUGCAACCCUUCGCCGUGCGGCGUAAACGCGGAAUGCAAUAACGGAUUGUGCACCUGUCCUCUGAACUACUUAGGGGACCCUCUAAUUCGCUGUCAACCCGAGUGCGUGAUCAACGACGAUUGCCCCCAGAACAGAGCCUGCUCGCGCAACAGAUGCCUAGACCCCUGCACCGGCACGUGCGGUCAGAACGCGGUUUGCAAUGUCUACAAUCACAUCCCCAUGUGCAGCUGUCCAGCUGGCAUGUCCGGAAACGCGUUCGUAGUCUGCUCCGUCUUGCAAGAGUCGCUGCCUCAAGACCCGUGUAGGCCCUCCCCGUGCGGUCCCAACAGUCAAUGUCGCGUUGUCAAUGGCCAAGCUGUCUGCUCCUGCGUGCAGGGAUACCUAGGCACGCCCCCAUCCUGCAGACCCGAGUGCACCGUCAGCACCGAUUGCCCGCGCAAUUUAGCCUGCAGCAAUCAGAAGUGCAUCGAUCCUUGCUUGGGCACUUGUGGACUCAGGACACAGUGCCAGGUCGUCAGCCAUAAUCCGAUCUGUAGUUGUCUAGCGAGACACUCUGGGGAUCCUUUCACCAGAUGCGAUCCGAUACCGGAAACGCCACCCGUGCCCGUGAACCCCUGUCAACCAUCCCCAUGCGGACCGAACGCGCAAUGUCGCGUGGUGAACGACUCGCCAUCUUGCUCGUGCAUAGCCGAUUACGUCGGUGCACCGCCAAGUUGCAGGCCAGAGUGCGUCAGCAACAGCGAGUGCCCGGCGAACUUGGCUUGCGUGAACCAGAAGUGCAGGGACCCCUGUCCAGGUGCUUGUGGUUCCAACACGGAAUGUCGGGUCGUUAGCCACACGCCCAUGUGCGUUUGUAUGAGCGGGUACACCGGGGAUCCCUUCACCCAGUGCAUCGUGCAACAGCCAAUGAUUGUCGAAAACGUGUCACCCUGUACGCCGUCACCCUGCGGAGCAAAUGCUAUUUGCAAAGAGCAAAACGGAGCGGGUUCAUGUACUUGCGUGCAGGACUACAUAGGAAACCCCUACGAGGGCUGUCGCCCCGAGUGCACCGUGAAUUCUGACUGUCUCUCGAACCAGGCUUGCAUUCGCUCCAAGUGCCAGGACCCCUGUCCCGGCACCUGCGGUCAGAACGCGGUUUGCCAGGUGAUCAAUCACUCGCCCGCGUGCUCCUGCAUGGGUGGGUUCACCGGCGAUCCUUUCAGAUUCUGCAGCCCUGUUCUCCAAACCGACCUGGCGCCUGUAGACCCCUGCAAUCCAUCCCGCUGCGGUCCGAAUAGUCAGUGUAACGUUGUCAACGACCAGGCAGUCUGCGCUUGUCUACCUGAAUUCUCAGGCACUCCUCCCGGAUGUCGUCCCGAAUGCGUGAUGAGCUCCGAGUGUCCCGUCAACAGGGCCUGCAUCAACAACAAGUGUGUCAAUCCCUGUCCGCAACCUUGCGGAUUGAGCACCAAUUGCAGGGUGCUGAACCACAGUCCUGUCUGCAGUUGCAGAGAAGGUUAUACCGGAGAUCCCUUCAGUAGAUGCUUCCCCAUGCCAAGACCCCCACCUGGCCCAGUUGUAGAGAACCCUUGCGUCCCAUCACCUUGUGGACCCUACGCAGAGUGUCGCCAAAUUGGCGGCGCGCCUUCUUGUUCUUGUCUUACACCUUACAUCGGCAGCCCUCCCAAUUGUAGGCCAGAGUGUUCGAUCAACUCCGAUUGUCCUAGUAGUCAGGCUUGCAUAAACGAGAGGUGCAGGGACCCCUGUCCAGGUUCCUGCGGAGCGUCGGCCACCUGCAAUGUCAUCAAUCACACGCCGUCUUGUGUUUGCCCUGACGGAUUCACCGGAGACCCGUUCACCAGUUGCUAUCCCAGACCAAUCGAAGAGCCCGUAGUGCCCUCGGACCCCUGUAACCCAUCACCUUGUGGUCCGAACACCUUGUGCACCGACGGCAGAUGCUCCUGCCUGCCAGAGUAUCGAGGAGAUCCUUUCACAGGUUGUCGUCCGGAAUGCGUUCUCAAUAACGACUGUCCAAGCUCUCUAGCCUGCAUUCGUAACAAGUGCGUGGACCCAUGUCCGGGCACGUGCGGCGAGAAUGCGCAGUGCACCGUCUACAACCACAUCCCAAUGUGCAGUUGUCUGCCUGGAAUGACCGGGAACGCUUUCGUUUCCUGUCGUCCUAGCAGAGGACCCGAGGACCCCUGCAAUCCGUCACCUUGCGGACCCAACAGCGUCUGCCGCAUAGUAAAUGAGCAGGCGGUGUGCUCCUGCGUGGCCAGCUUCAUCGGAUCGCCUCCCUCCUGCAGACCCGAGUGCUCCGUCAGCUCGGAUUGUCCCAAGAACCAAGCCUGUAGCAAUCAGAGGUGCAUAAAUCCCUGCGCUGGAACCUGCGGAGUCAGGGCCCAGUGCCAGGUGACCAAUCACAACCCCGUGUGCAGCUGCCCGGCCGGCUUCACCGGCGAUCCUUUCGUCAGAUGCGAGCCUAAACUGGAGGAACCUCUGGCCCCUGUCAAUCCUUGCUACCCAUCGCCGUGCGGACCCAAUGCACUCUGCCAAGUCGUCAAUGAAUCGCCUUCUUGCUCCUGCAUACCUCAAUUCAGCGGAACUCCACCCAACUGCAGACCCGAGUGCAUUAGCAAUAGCGAGUGCGCGAUGCACUUGGCCUGCAUAAACAAUAAGUGCAGAGAUCCCUGUCCUGGCUCGUGCGGAGCCAACGCAGACUGCAGAGUUGUCAGUCACACUGCAAUGUGCGUGUGUCAAGCCGGCUUCGUUGGAGAUCCUUUCACCCAAUGUCUGGAAAGGCGACCUGAAAUACAAUCACUUCUCACCACCCCCUGCACACCGUCGCCCUGCGGUUCGAAUGCGAUUUGCAAGGAGCAGAACGGAGUAGGUUCCUGCACCUGUUUGCCCGACUAUAUCGGCAACCCUUACGAAGGCUGUCGCCCAGAAUGCGUUAUAAACUCCGAUUGCACGCCGACUCGUGCCUGCAUACGUUCUAAAUGCCAGGACCCUUGCCCCGGUACUUGUGGAACGAACGCGGAGUGCCAGGUCGUUAAUCACCUGCCGACCUGUACUUGCUUCCCUGGUUACACCGGCCAACCCUACCAGUUCUGUCAGCCAAUUGUGCAAGCCAUCGAAGAAAACCGAAAUCCGUGCUCCCCAUCGCCCUGCGGGCCGAACAGCAAUUGCCAGGUCGUGAACGAACAGGCAGUCUGCUCCUGUCUGCCAAAUUUCAGCGGCUACCCACCUGGUUGCCGACCGGAGUGCGUGGUCGGCUCAGAGUGUCCAUCCAAUCUAGCCUGCAUCAAUCAAAAGUGCGCGAACCCUUGUCCCGGCACCUGUGGCCUCGGCGCCGAGUGCAACGUGGUGCAUCACAGUCCUAUCUGUGCCUGCAGAACCAAGUAUACCGGCGAUCCGUUCACUCGUUGCUUCCCUAUGCCAGAACCUCCUACAUCGUUGGCGCCUUCGAACCCCUGCGUCCCUUCCCCGUGCGGCUCGAACGCAGAGUGUCGCGACGUAAACGGCAUACCUUCCUGUUCCUGUCUAUCUAAUUUCAUUGGCAGCCCCCCUAACUGUCGGCCAGAGUGCACAGUGCACUCGGAUUGUCCUCCCAGUCAAGCUUGCAUCAGAGAGAAGUGCAGAGACCCUUGCCCAGGCUCCUGCGGCGUGUACGCUCAGUGCAGCGUGCUGAACCACGUGCCUACCUGCAGCUGCAUCGAGGGUUACACUGGCGACCCGUUCACCAGUUGCAACCCCAAGCCCCCCGAACAACAACCGGUUUCCGAUGACCCGUGCAAUCCGUCCCCUUGCGGAGCGAACGCGGAAUGCAACAACGGCAUCUGCACCUGUCUCCAGGAAUUCAGGGGCGAUCCUUACGCGGGUUGCCGACCGGAAUGCGUCCUUAAUUCGGACUGUCCCUUCGAUCGCGCUUGCGUUCGCAACAAGUGCAACGAUCCUUGCGUUGGCACUUGCGGCCAGAACGCGGUCUGCAAUGUUUUCAAUCACGUCCCGAUGUGCAGUUGUCCUGAACGGAUGACUGGGAACGCUUUCGUAACGUGCAACCCGGUGCAAGAAGUGACCCCAGAAACCCCAUGCAACCCGUCUCCCUGCGGCCAAAAUAGCCUCUGUCGUCCCGUGAACAAUCAGCCGGUCUGCACAUGUCUCCAAGGAUACCUAGGAAGCCCGCCAUCUUGUCGGCCGGAAUGCGUAGUCAGUUCCGAGUGUCCCAGAAACGAGGCGUGCAACAACCUGAAGUGUGUGAACCCUUGCAUAGGGAGCUGCGGCAUUCGGUCGCAGUGUCAGGUCACGAACCACAACCCUGUAUGCAGCUGUCCCCCUGGAAUGUCUGGCGAUCCCUUCGUGAAGUGUGACCCAAUCAUGGAGACCGCGCCAGCAGUGAUAAACGUCUGCAAACCAUCUCCCUGUGGCCCGAACGCCCUGUGUCAGGUGACGAACGAUUCCCCAUCCUGCUCCUGCAUGCCUGGAUUCGUCGGCUCCCCGCCCAACUGCAGGCCCGAGUGCAUAAGCAACAGCGAGUGCGCCAGUAAUCUCGCUUGCAUGAACCAGAAGUGCCGGGAUCCUUGUCCUGGCUCCUGCGGAGCGAAUGCGGAGUGUCGCGUUGUCAGCCACACCCCCAUGUGCGUCUGCUCCAAUGGGUUCACGGGUGACCCGUUCACGCAAUGCGUGGUGUUCGACAAUCGACCGUCCACCCCAUGCUCGCCGUCUCCCUGCGGUUCGAACACCGUCUGCAAAGAGCAAGACGGCGUCGGUUCUUGUUCCUGUUUGCCCGACUACAUUGGCAAUCCUUACGAAGGAUGUCGGCCGGAAUGCACAGUCAGCUCGGACUGUCCCUCGAACCUCGCUUGCAUUCGAAACAAGUGCCAAGACCCCUGUCCUGGCACCUGCGGACAGAACACUGUCUGCCAGGUGAUCAACCACUCGCCCACGUGCUCCUGCAACCCCGGGUUUACCGGGGACCCGUUCAGAUUCUGCCAAGUUGCUAGAGAACCGGAUAUAGUCAGAGAUCCAACAGACCCCUGCGUUCCAUCCCCAUGCGGACCAAACAGUCAGUGUCGCGUGGUUUCCGGUAAUGCUGUAUGUUCCUGCCUCCCCGAGUACACCGGAAGUCCUCCCUCGUGCCGUCCCGAGUGCGUCGUAAGCUCAGACUGUCCCUCGAACCGAGCCUGCGUGAAUCAGAAAUGCGUGAACCCCUGUCCACGUCCGUGUGGUCAGAACACAAACUGUCUAGUCGUGAACCACAGUCCCAUUUGUACCUGCAAAGACGGGAACACCGGCAACCCUUUCACCAGGUGUUUCCCGCUUCAACCGCUGUCGACGUUACCAGAUCUACCUCAGAACCCCUGCGUACCCUCACCCUGCGGCCCCUACUCCGAGUGUCGAGAUAUUGGUGGCGCCCCGUCUUGUUCCUGUUUAGCUAAUUACUUCGGCAGCCCACCGAACUGUAGACCAGAGUGUACAGUAAACACAGACUGUCCCAGCGACAGAGCCUGCAUAAGGCAGAGAUGCAUAGAUCCUUGUCCCGGCUCCUGUGGAGUGGCGGCGAGGUGCACGGUGUUCAAUCACCUGCCGAUUUGCACCUGCAUCGAGGCUUUCACUGGCGAUCCUUUCACCAGUUGUUCUCCUGCUCCACCUGAAGUGCUAGUAGCCGAGGACCCCUGCAAUCCAUCGCCCUGCGGCUCGAACACGCAAUGCAACGACGGUGCCUGCACCUGUCUAGCAGAAUUCCAGGGCAAUCCCUACGUGGGUUGUCGCCCAGAAUGCGUCCUGAACAACGAUUGCCCCCUGAACAGAGCGUGUCUGCGCAACAAGUGUACGGACCCUUGCCCGGACACCUGCGGCCAGAAUGCAAUCUGCGACGUGUACAAUCAUGUUCCCAUGUGCAGUUGCCCUGUCGCCAUGACUGGCAACGCGUUCAUAUCCUGCAGUCCGUUCAGAGACCCAGUUGUGACCAAUCCCUGCAACCCAACACCCUGCGGACCGAACAGUCAGUGUAGAGAAGUGAACGGCCAGCCUGUGUGCACUUGCAUCCCCGGUUUCAUGGGUAUACCACCCACCUGCAGGCCAGAGUGCAUACUUAGCACGGACUGCGGGCCAACGGAGGCCUGUAUCAAUCAGAAAUGCAGUAAUCCGUGCGUCGGCACCUGCGGAAUUAGGGCAACUUGCCAAGUGGUGAACCAUAAUCCGCUUUGCAAUUGUCCUUCGGGUCUGACCGGUGAUCCUUUUGUUAGAUGCGUCGAUAAACCGUUGGAAGAGCCACCUCGAGAAAACCCGUGUAUACCGUCACCCUGCGGUCCAAACGCUCAGUGCCAAGUCGUCAACGAUUCCCCAUCCUGCUCUUGCCUACCAGAGUUCACUGGCUCUCCACCCAACUGCAGACCCGAGUGUGUCAGCAAUAACGAGUGCGCCAACGACAUGGCUUGCAUCAAUCAGAAAUGCCGGGACCCUUGUCCCGGAUCUUGUGGAACGAAUGCGGUGUGUCGCGUGGUGUCUCACACUCCCAUGUGCACAUGCUCGCCUGGUUAUACCGGGGAUCCUUUCACUCAGUGUGUCGUGGAACAACUCAUACCGAUAUACGUCCCGAAACCCUGCGCGCCAUCCCCCUGCGGAGCGAACGCUCUCUGCAGGGACAGAAACGGGGUAGGAUCCUGCUCCUGUUCGUCAGGAUACACCGGAAACCCGUACGAAGGUUGUCGACCGGAAUGCGUCCUUAACUCGGACUGUGUCCCGAGCAAGAGUUGCGUCAGCUUCAAGUGCGAGGACCCUUGUCCUGGCACUUGUGGUCAGAAUGCAGUUUGCCAGGUGAUCAAUCACAUGGCGACUUGCAGCUGCUUGCCUAGAUUCACUGGAGAUCCGUUCAGAUUCUGCCGCGAGGAAGAUAUAGUCACUUCACCGAGUCUUGCCAACCCCUGCCAGCCAUCCCCCUGCGGACCCAACAGCGUCUGUAGAGAGGUCAACGGGCAGCCAGUCUGCUCCUGUCUACCCGAGUACCUCGGUUCUCCACCUGGCUGCAGACCAGAGUGCGUAGCGAGCGCAGAAUGCGCUUCGAACCGCGUCUGCGUCAAUCAGAAGUGCACGAACCCUUGUCCAGAUCCCUGCGGAAGGAACGCCGAUUGCAGAGUCAUUAAUCAUAGCCCCGUUUGUUCCUGCCAACAAGGAUUCACCGGAGAUGCGUUCUCCAUUUGCUUCCCUACUCCACGUCCACCAUCGGAGCCGCUGACACCCACGCAACAAGACCCCUGUCUGCCAUCCCCUUGCGGCCCGUUCUCCCAGUGUCGAAAUAUCGGAGGAAAUCCAUCUUGCUCUUGUUCGCCUUCCUACAUCGGUACCCCGCCGAACUGUAGACCGGAGUGCACCAUCAAUGCUGAGUGCUCUAGUGCUCUAGCAUGCAUCAGGGAGAAGUGCAUGGAUCCUUGUCCAGGAUCCUGCGGCUUCGGAGCCAGAUGCAGCGUCAUGAACCAUGUUCCAGUUUGCUCCUGUCCAGAGGGAUUCACUGGGGAUCCUUUCAGCAGCUGCGUUUUGAGACCCAGCAUCUCUGAGGAGCCAGUCUCAGACCCCUGCAACCCAUCACCGUGUGGUUCAAACGCUCUCUGUCGCGACGGUUCUUGUUCCUGUCUCCCAGAGUACCAGGGAGACCCAUACUCGGGUUGUCGACCCGAGUGUGUCAUGAACAACGACUGUUCUCGCGACAGAGCCUGCUCCAGGAACAAGUGCAUCGACCCGUGCAUAGGCACCUGCGGUCAAAAUGCGCAGUGUCAAACCAUAAACCACGUGCCGAUGUGUAGCUGUCCUGCGGGAAUGUCCGGGAACGCUUUCGUCUCUUGUUCUCCAGUGCAGGAAGUGGUAGCCCAGAGACCUUGCUCCCCAUCGCCCUGCGGUCCUAACAGCCACUGCCAAGAAGUGAACGGCGUCGCAGUGUGCAAGUGCGUAGAGGGUUUCUCUGGGAAUCCUCCAACUUGUAGACCAGAAUGCGUCGUCAGCACAGACUGCGAACUGUCUAGAGCGUGCAUCAACCAGAAAUGCAGAGAUCCUUGCCCAGGUUCCUGUGCCCUAAGGGCCGAGUGCUCCGUGGUGAAUCACAAUCCCAUUUGCAGAUGUCCGUCCGGUAUGAGCGGCGAUCCGUUCACCAGUUGCAUUGCCAUAGUCGAACAGCCUCAGACACCGGUGAACCCUUGCUACCCAUCACCUUGCGGUCCAAACGCCCAGUGUCAGGUCGUGAACCAAGCUCCCGUGUGCACCUGUCUGCCAGAAUUUUCGGGUUCACCACCAAAUUGUAGACCCGAGUGCGUCACCAACAGCGAAUGCCCUAUUCGACAAGCGUGCAUCAACCAGAAGUGCAGAGAUCCUUGUCCUGGUCUAUGUGGAGCCAACGCUGAUUGCAGCGUGUUCAGUCAUACCCCAAUUUGCUCCUGCAGGUCAGAGUUCACUGGCGAUCCGUUCGUCCAGUGCACUCCUGUCCCUAUCGAAGACGAGAGACCAGCACCGUGCACUCCGUCGCCGUGCGGCGCGAACGCAGUGUGCAGGGUGUCGGGAAAUGCAGGCACCUGUUCCUGCCUGCCCGAUUACAUCGGCAACCCCUACGAGGGCUGUAGGCCAGAGUGCCUCGUCAAUUCCGACUGUCCUGUGAACCUAGCUUGCGUCAGAUCGAAGUGUCAGGACCCCUGUCCGGGUGCCUGCGGUCAGAAUGCAGUUUGCAACGCGGUGAACCAUGUUCCCAUGUGCUCGUGUAUUCAAGGAUACUCCGGGGACCCGUUCAGAUUCUGCAGUUUGAGACCAGUGAAUCAAGACACGCAAGUAGUAGACCCUUGCAAUCCAUCACCCUGCGGCCCUAACAGCCAAUGCCGCGUGAACAACAACCAAGCGGUAUGCACCUGCCUGUCUGCAUAUGUAGGCAGUCCGCCAAAUUGCAGACCCGAGUGCGUGGUCAGCACAGAAUGCCCUCUGACUCGUGCCUGCGUGAACCAAAAGUGCAGGGACCCCUGUCCAAAUUCCUGCGGCGUGAACGCCAACUGCAGGAUCAUCAAUCAUAGCCCGAUUUGCUUCUGCAACGACGGAUUCACCGGAGAUCCUUUCACUGCCUGCUUCCGAGCUCCUGAAACGUCUCUAGAACCCUUGCCACCGCAAAGAGACCCGUGUCUGCCGUCGCCAUGCGGUGCAAACGCGAUCUGCCAGAACGUAAGGCAAACUCCAGCUUGCACCUGUCUGCCGGAGUACCGCGGCAGUCCGCCGAAUUGCAGGCCAGAGUGCACCAUUAAUUCGGAGUGUCCCAGUAAUCAAGCAUGCAUCCGCGAAAGGUGCAGAGACCCCUGUCCAGGCUCUUGCGGUCUGAAUGCUCAGUGUUCGGUGUUCAAUCACGUGCCCAUAUGCUCGUGCAUCGAAGGGUACAGCGGUGAUCCUUUCAGUCGUUGCGAUCAGAAGAUCACUGCCAUCGAGCCAGCUGAGGUAGAUCUCUGCAACCCGUCGCCGUGCGGCCCGAACGCCCAAUGCGACAGCGGCAUUUGUACCUGUCUGUCCGGAUUCUUUGGAGAUUCGACCAUAGGUUGUCGACCAGAAUGCGUCUUGAACAACGAUUGCCCCCGUGACAGAGCCUGCGUUAGGAACAAGUGCGAAGACCCUUGUCUGGGCACUUGUGCGAACGGUGCUCUGUGCACGGUAGUCAAUCAUGUGCCGAUGUGCAGCUGUCCGGCCGGUUUCGAAGGCAAUGCUUUUACAUUCUGUCGCCCUGCCCUAGCCGAUGUACCAUCCUCUCCGUGUACUCCGUCACCCUGCGGACCGAACAGUCAAUGUCGCGCUAACAACGGUCAGGCAAUCUGUAGCUGCGUACCAGGCUACCUUGGAAACCCGCCGAACUGUCGUCCCGAGUGUAUCGUCAGCUCCGAUUGUCCGCCGAACGAGAUCUGCACCAAUCAGAAGUGCAGGAACCCUUGCAUCGGAACUUGUGGAUUAGGUGCUCGAUGCACUGUCGCUAAUCGUAAUCCCAUAUGCCACUGCCCUGAGGAAUUUACGGGGGAUCCCUUCAUUCGGUGUAUUCCACUUCCCUCGCGGCCUCAAGAACCGGUGAACGUUUGCCAACCCUCGCCAUGCGGACCGAAUUCUCAAUGCCAGAUCACAGGAAACUCCCCGUCCUGCACUUGUUUGCCGAGUUUCGUCGGUGCUCCGCCGAAUUGCAGACCCGAGUGCAUCAGUAACAGCGAAUGCGCGAGCAACCAAGCUUGCGUGAAUCAAAAGUGCAGGGAUCCUUGCGUCGGCUCUUGCGGUACUAACGCACUUUGCCGCACUGUCAGUCACACUCCAAUGUGCUACUGCGAAUCCGGUUUCACCGGAGAUCCGUUCGUACAGUGCUCGAUCAGGCCCAUCGAAGAGGAACGAGUGAAUCCCUGUUUGCCCUCGCCCUGCGGACCCAACGCGCAAUGCACCGAGAGGAACGACGUGGGUGCAUGCACCUGCUUGUCCGGAUACACGGGAAAUCCUUACGAAGGAUGCAGGCCCGAAUGCGUCUUAGACUCAGAUUGCUCGGCCACUAGAGCUUGCGUGAACUCGAAGUGCGUCGAUCCCUGUCCCGGAGUUUGUGGCACGAACGCGGAAUGCAAUGUUAUUAACCACCGAGCUUCUUGUUCUUGCUAUCCCAGUUACACCGGCGAUCCUUAUCGAUAUUGCACUGUUCAGCCGGCUGUUUCCGACGUUGCGACGACCGAUCCCUGCGCAACACCCCAAUGCGGGCCAAACAGUCAAUGUAGAGUGGUCAAUCAGGUAGCAGUUUGCUCCUGUCUCGCUACAUACGUUGGCACACCGCCAGGUUGUCGACCAGAAUGCGUUGCAAGCUCGGAAUGCCCCACGGACAGGGCUUGCGUGAACCAGAAAUGCGUGAACCCAUGUCCCGCGUCCUGCGGACAGAACACGAACUGUAGAGUCAUCAAUCAUGCACCUCUCUGCAGUUGCAUGAACGGGUACACCGGCGAUCCGUUCACCAUUUGUUUCUCAGUUCCAUUGACAGCACCGGUUGAAAACGAUCGAAUACCCAAAGAUCCUUGCAUCCCGUCCCCGUGCGGCGCUUAUUCAGAGUGUCGAAACAUUGGCGGAGCUCCCUCUUGCUCCUGUUUGGCAACGUACACCGGAAGUCCACCGAAUUGUCGACCGGAGUGUACCAUAAAUUCAGACUGCCCUGCGAAUCAGGCUUGCAUGCAGCAGAGAUGCAGAGACCCGUGUCCCGGAUCCUGCGGUUUCCGAGCCGAGUGCAGCGUAGUCAAUCAUGUCCCGAUUUGUUCCUGUCUGCCUAGUUUCACUGGGGAUCCAUUCACUAGCUGUUCCCUGGAAUAUCGUCCGAUCGAAACCGACCCCUGCGCAUCCUGCGGCUCGAACACCGAAUGCGCCAACGGUGUGUGCACUUGCCUGACCGAGUACUUCGGCGACCCGUACAGUAGUUGCAGACCGGAAUGCGUGCUAAGCAACGAGUGUCCAACAUCAAGAGCCUGCGUCCGAAACAAAUGCGUGGAUCCCUGCGCGGGCAUCUGCGGACAAAGCGCAAUAUGCAAUGUCUUUAAUCACGUCCCGAUGUGCAGUUGCCCAUCCGGCAUGUCAGGAAACGCGUUUGUGCUCUGUUCCCCUGCCCCAGCAGUGACGGCCAGUGACCCUUGCAACCCUUCACCGUGCGGUCCAAACAGCCGCUGCAGACAGAACAACAAUCAAGCGGUCUGUUCUUGCGUGGACGGUUACCUCGGCAGUCCGCCCACCUGUAGACCAGAGUGCACAGUCAGCUCGGACUGUCCGUUGAAUCAGGCUUGCACCAAUCAGCAAUGUCGAGACCCUUGCGUCGGCACCUGCGGCCUGAACGCAGACUGCAACGUCGUCAAUCACAAUCCGAUUUGCGUGUGCCGCGAGAGGAUGACCGGCGAUCCGUUUGUCAGAUGCUACCCGAUGCCCGCGAGACCAGUGGCCCCUGUGAACCCUUGCCAGCCAUCCCCCUGCGGGCCGAACGCCGAUUGCCAAGUGGUGAGCGACCAACCGUCCUGCUCGUGUUCGAGAGAAUACGUCGGUUCGCCGCCAAACUGUCGGCCAGAGUGUGUCAGCAACAGCGAGUGCCCUAAUCGGCUCGCUUGCGUCAAUCGGAGGUGUCGAGACCCUUGCGCGAACGCUUGCGGAGCGAACUCGGUCUGCAACGUCGUCAGCCACACGCCGAUGUGCGCUUGCAUGGGCGGGUACACUGGGGAUCCUUUCGCACAGUGUUCGCCUCAGCAGUUCGACGUUCAAGUCCCCAGACCAGACCCCUGCAACCCGUCACCCUGCGGAGCGAACGCGCUCUGCCAAGUGCAGCAAAAUGCAGCGGCCUGCACUUGCCAGACCGACUACAUAGGCAACCCGUACGAAGGCUGCCGGCCAGAAUGCACGCUCAGCUCAGACUGUCCGUCCAAUCAGGCUUGCAUCAGAUCCAAGUGCAGGGACCCUUGCCCGGGAACUUGCGGCCAAAACGCACAGUGUUUCGUUGUCAAUCACGCUGCCACUUGCAGCUGCUUCGAACGGUACACGGGAGAUCCUUUCGUGUACUGCAAUCCCUUGAGAGAACCACUACCGGACCCGACUCUCGCCAAUCCGUGCGAACCGUCGCCCUGCGGGCCAUACAGUCAAUGCAGAGAAUCGAACGGUCAAGCUACGUGCUCUUGCUUACCGAGUUACACCGGUGCGCCGCCUAAUUGCAGGCCGGAGUGCACCGUCAGCACCGAGUGUCCUUUGAACACCGCCUGCAGGAACAAUAAGUGCAUCGAUCCCUGUCCUAACUCCUGCGGCCAACAAAGCACCUGCAGAGUCGUCAACCAUAGUCCCGUAUGCUCUUGCAAGCCAGGCUUCUCCGGCGACCCCUUUACCUAUUGUUUCUUCAAUCCACCUGCCCCCGUUGUGGACAUACCAGUCGAUCCCUGCCUGAAUUCGCCCUGCGGUCCAAACUCCCAAUGCAGAAACAUAAAUGGCUCUCCCUCCUGCUCCUGUUCAAUCAAUUACAUCGGCGCCCCACCAAACUGUCGGCCAGAGUGUGUAAUCAACGACGACUGUCCGAGAAACCAAGCGUGCAUCCGCGAGAGAUGCCAAGACCCUUGCCCUGGAUCCUGUGGUUUGAACAGUGUCUGCGCUGUCCACAACCAUGUCCCCAUUUGCACCUGUCUGGAGGGUUACACUGGCGAUCCUUUCAGCAUUUGCCAGCCGAAACCAAUCAGAGACGAGCCUGUCGCGGACCCAUGCAGCAGCUCCCCUUGCGGUCCCAAUGCACAGUGCAGCAACGGCGUGUGCACUUGCUUGCCAGAAUACUCCGGCAAUCCUUACGUAGGCUGCCGACCCGAAUGCGUGCUGAACGCGGACUGUCCAAACGACAGAGCUUGCAUAAGGAACAAGUGUAUCGACCCUUGCCCCGGAGCUUGCGGCCAAAGUGCAAGCUGCAGAGCGAUCAACCACAUCCCCAUGUGCAGUUGCCCUCCCAACACCGUAGGAAACGCUCUGAUCCUUUGUUCACCUGCGCAAGCUCCCUCGACGACCAGACCUUGCAACCCAUCCCCCUGCGGUCCCAACAGCGUCUGCAGAGAGGUCAACGACCAAGCUGUGUGCACUUGUGCACCAGAAUACCUGGGAACCCCGCCUCUGUGCAGGCCAGAGUGCGUUGUCAGCUCCGAUUGCCCGAAGAACCAGGCUUGCGUGAACCAGAAGUGUAGGGACCCUUGCAUUGGCACUUGCGGCAUCUUAGCCAGAUGCUCGGUGGUCAACCACAACCCCACUUGCUACUGUCCGGAACGGUACACCGGGGAUCCGUUCAUCAGAUGCGACAUGAUCAGAGAUACGAUAGUGCCCACGAACCCCUGUCAACCAUCACCUUGCGGCCCAUACUCUCAAUGCCAAGUAGUCAAUGACUCCCCAUCGUGUACCUGCUUGCCCGAGUACAAAGGGAUUGCGCCCAACUGCCGACCCGAGUGCAUAGCCAACUCCGAGUGCCCCAGCCACCAAACCUGCGUGCAGCAAAAGUGCAGGGACCCCUGUCCAGGUCUCUGUGGAGAGAGUGCGGAGUGUCACGUGGUCUACCACGUACCCCAUUGCGUUUGCCCGAACGGUCUCACCGGCGACCCGUACACGCGUUGCUCCGCCAUAAUCCGUGAGCCGGAACCCUCGCCCUGUACGGAAGGCACAUGCGGCACCAACGCGUUGUGCAGAGAACGGGACGGUACCGGGGUUUGUUAUUGUCCUCCCGAGUACGUCGGCAACCCCUACGUAGGCUGUAGACCCGAGUGCGUGGUUAAUCCUGAUUGCCCGUCGAACCGCAUGUGCGUGCGAAACAAAUGCCAAGACCCCUGUCCCGGAACCUGCGGCCAGAACGCAGAGUGCACUGUCGUUAACCAUCAGCCCUUCUGCAACUGCCGGGCAGGGUUCACCGGCGACCCGUUCGUUGUCUGCACCAUGGAUACGGUCCCCGUGAAAGUGAAUCUGUGCAGUCCGUCACCCUGCGGGCCAAACAGCCAGUGUAAAGAGGUGUCAGGCCAAGCCGUGUGCUCUUGCCUGCCCACUUAUAUCGGCACCCCGCCUGGAUGUAGACCCGAAUGCGUCGCUAGCUCCGAAUGCCCCACGCAGCUCGCCUGCACGGACUACAAAUGCGUGAACCCGUGUCCCAGCCCCUGCGGCUUGAACACCAAGUGCAUUGUCGUGAACCAUAGCCCCAUCUGCAGUUGCAUGCCCGGAUUCAGCGGAGACCCGUUCACCACCUGCGGACCCGUCCCACCUGUCACGAUCCCAAGUCUGAUGGAGACUGACCCCUGCGUGCCAUCCCCCUGCGGCAAUUUCGCCCAGUGUCGAAACGUUCGCGGAUCACCCGCGUGCACCUGCUUGGAGGGCUACACUGGCCAACCACCGAACUGUAGGCCCGAGUGCACGAUCAGCUCCGAGUGCCAGAGCGACCUGACAUGCAUCAACAUGAAGUGCAGGGACCCCUGUCCUGGCUCCUGCGGUUCCGGCGCCCUCUGCGCAGUUAUGAAUCACAUUCCCGUGUGCAACUGCCCCGAGGGUUUCACCGGGAACCCGUUCACCCUGUGCCAGUUGUUACCGGCUACACCUCCACCAAGACCAGAGAAAGACGAAUGUGUCCCGUCACCCUGCGGCCCGAACGCGGAAUGCUCGAGGGGCGUUUGCGCGUGUAUGCCAGAGUUCCAAGGGAACCCCUAUCUAGGAUGCAGACCCGAAUGCGUUCUGAACACAGACUGUCCCCGCGACCGAGCCUGUUCGCGCAACAAGUGCGUGGACCCUUGCCAGGGCACCUGUGGCUUCAACGCCAUGUGCACUGUUAUCAAUCACGUCCCCAUGUGCAGCUGUCCCGGAAACAUGACGGGCAAUGCGUUCAGUCAGUGCACCCCUCUGCAAGAUAUGACACCCACUAAUCCGUGUAGCCCGACACCCUGCGGCCCGAAUAGCGAGUGCCGCGUUGUCAAUGGACAGGCGGUGUGCUCGUGCAUUCGGGGCUACCUGGGCAGCCCGCCCACGUGUAGGCCCGAGUGCAUAGUCAGCACCGAUUGCCCGCAGAACGAAGCCUGCAGCAACCAACGCUGCAUAAACCCUUGUCUAGGAACCUGCGGCAUCGGAGCCGAGUGCAACAUCGUCAACCAUAAUCCCCUGUGCAAUUGCCCGUUGCGAUUCACCGGAGAUCCCUUCGUUCAGUGCAUACCAUUCUUCGAGGAGCCGGUGGUAGAUCCCUGUCAGCCGUCGCCCUGCGGUCCCAACUCCCAGUGUCAGGUGAUUAACAACUCGCCCUCGUGCUCGUGCACGCCAGGAUUCUCGGGGAGCCCGCCGAAUUGCAGGCCGGAGUGCGUCAGUAACAGCGAAUGCGCGAGCCAGUUAGCUUGCAUCGGUCAGAAGUGCCGAGAUCCUUGCGCCGGAUCCUGUGGCAGCGACGCUAACUGUUACGUCGUCAGCCAUACCCCCAUGUGCACCUGUCUGGCCGGGUACACCGGAGAUCCGUUCACCCAGUGUGUCCUUAGAGAACCUGUGACCAUGCCCGCGCCCGUUGUCCCCUGCAAUCCAUCCCCCUGCGGCUCCAACGCGGUCUGCAAGGAGCAGAACGGCGCAGGCUCGUGCACCUGCGUUCAGAGUUACAUCGGCAACCCCUACGAAGGCUGUCGACCCGAGUGUCUCCUGAACUCCGACUGCCCCUCGAAUCAAGCGUGCAUGAACAAUAGGUGCAGGGAUCCCUGUCCAGGAACUUGCGGCCGCAACGCGGAGUGCCAUAUUAUCAAUCAUCUACCCGUUUGCGAGUGUUUCCCCAGACACACCGGCAAUGCCUUUGUCCUUUGCUCGCCAGUCCAGCCAGAUGUCGAUCAGACAAUCAGUAGACCCUGCAAUCCCUCGCCCUGCGGACCCAACAGUCAGUGCAGGGCCAUCAACGGACAGUCUGUUUGUUCCUGUUUACCCGAAUUCAUUGGUAGCCCGCCCGCGUGCAGGCCGGAGUGCACGAUCAGCGCAGAAUGCGCCCCUAAGAUGGCCUGCAUCAAUCAAAAGUGUAGAGACCCUUGUCCUGGAUCCUGCGGCUCGAACACUAGGUGCGAAACGAUCAACCAUAACGCCAUAUGCGCGUGCCAGUCUGGGUUCACCGGCGAUCCCCUUGUCGCUUGCUUCGAGAUGCCAACGGUAAAACCGGAGACAGUUCCAUCGUACGCGAACCCUUGCGUACCAUCACCCUGUGGACCCUAUUCCGAUUGUAGAGACGUAAACGGCCAGGCCUCCUGUGCCUGUCUAGCAGACUAUUCAGGAACUCCGCCGAACUGUAGACCAGAAUGCAUCCGAAACUCGGAGUGCCCUAGUAAUCAAGCUUGCAUCCAGAGGAAGUGUCGAUACCCUUGCGAAGGAGUCUGCGGAUUAGGAGCCCAAUGUUCGGUGAUAAACCACACACCUAUCUGUACUUGUCCCGAAGGAUUCACCGGGGAUUCCUUCGUCAGAUGUUCUCCCGCUAUAGUCCCCGUGGAGCAACCCGUGGACACAUGCGACUUGUGCGGAACAAACGCCCAAUGUGUCAAUGGCGUCUGCACCUGCCUGCCCGAGUACCGAGGAGACCCGUUAUUAGGCUGCCGUCCGGAAUGCGUGUUGAACCCGGACUGUCCGAGAGACAGAGCUUGCAUCAGGAACAAAUGCAACGACCCUUGCGCUGGAACUUGCGGGCAGAACGCUUUGUGCUCUGUCGUGAAUCACGUCCCAGUUUGCACUUGUCCACCGGGAACGUCUGGAAACGCGUUCGUAGUUUGCUCCACGAUGCAAGUACAAGCGCCCCAAGAUCCGUGCAACCCGACACCCUGCGGACCGAACAGUCAGUGCAGAAAGAUAAACGACCAAGCUGUCUGCUCUUGCAUACCCGGCUACCUAGACACCCCGCCUAACUGUAGACCAGAGUGCAUCCUCAGUUCCGACUGUCCCAGCGACAUGGCCUGCAACAACCAAAAGUGCAUUGACCCCUGUCCCGGCACAUGCGGCAUCAGAGCAGACUGCGUGGUAGUGAACCACAACCCGAUCUGCAGCUGCCCUCCGGACCUGACUGGCAACCCGUUCACGAUGUGUAUCAGGAGACAAGAAGAGCCGCCAGUCCUGAACCCCUGCGUACCGACACCCUGCGGUCCAAACAGCCGCUGUCAGGUGAUUAACAACUCGCCCUCCUGCUCGUGCUUGCCCGAGUUCCUCGGAUCCCCUCCGAACUGCAAGCCGGAGUGCAUAAGCAACAGCGAGUGCACCACCCACCUGGCCUGCAUCAAUCAGAAAUGUCGCGACCCUUGUCCCGGAUCCUGCGGCGCUAAUGCCGAGUGCCGAGUGAUCAGCCACACACCCAUGUGCGUCUGUUCUCUCGGUUUCAUGGGAGAUCCGUUCGUACAGUGUCUUCCUAGGCCAGCGAUCGAAGACACGACAAAGAAACCCACACCGUGCGUCCCGUCCCCAUGUGGCUCGAACGCGAUGUGUAAUGAACAAAACGGCGCUGCUUCCUGCACGUGUCUGCCUAAUUACGUCGGCAACCCUUACGAAGGUUGUCGACCAGAGUGCGUCAUCAACUCAGACUGCACGGCAGACAGAGCCUGCGUCAGAUCGAAAUGUCAGAAUCCUUGCCCUGGUUUCUGCGGCUACAACGCUGUCUGCCAGGUGGUAAAUCAUGCGCCCCUUUGCACCUGCCAGGCAGGAUUCACUGGGGACGCGUUCACCCAGUGCAAUAUCAUUCAAGAACAACCGAGACCAGCAGACCCCUGUAAUCCGUCACCUUGCGGAUUGAACAGCCAGUGCCGCGUGUCGAAUGGUCAAGCGAUUUGCUCCUGUUCACCCACAUUCCUAGGAACCCCGCCAAUGUGCAGACCGGAGUGCACAGUGAGCUCGGAUUGCGCUACGAAUCGCGCGUGCAAGAACCGCAAAUGCGUGGACCCUUGUCCAGGUAUUUGCGGCAUCAAUGCCAGAUGCGAGGCAAUCAAUCACAGCCCGAUCUGUAGCUGCAAUGCCGGCUUCACCGGCGACUCUUUCGUGAGAUGUUUCAAACUCGAAAUGGUAGCGGAGCCCGUGAACCCCUGCGUCCCAUCGCCCUGCGGUCCGUUCUCCGUCUGUCGAAUGUUAGACAACACGCAGCUGCCCAGCUGCUCCUGCAUGGAGAACUACAUAGGCAGCCCGCCGAACUGUCGACCAGAGUGCACGAUCGAUUCCGAGUGCGGUAGCGACAGAGCUUGUUUGAGACAGAGAUGCACUGACCCAUGUCCAGGAUCUUGUGGUCAAGGGGCGCAGUGUUUGGUGGUGAACCAUAUGGCUGUCUGCACUUGCCCCAAGGGCUACACUGGCGAUCCGUUCGUCAACUGUUUCGUAGAUACUCCUCCUUCACCGCUAGCUCCACAAGACGCCUGCAACCCAUCGCCCUGCGGCGCGAACGCGAUUUGUCGCGACGGCACUUGCACGUGCAUGCCAGAGUACCACGGUGACCCCUACUACGGAUGUCGUCCAGAGUGUGUCCAGAACCCAGACUGUCCCCUGGACAGAGCCUGCAACCGUAACAAGUGUUUCGAUCCUUGCAUGGGCGUGUGCGGUCAGAGCGCAGAAUGCGUGGUGAUCAACCAUACUCCCAUGUGCAGUUGUCCAGAUGGCAUGACUGGCAACGCGUUUACCACGUGCUACCCGGUUAGAGACCCACAGAUUGUAGAACCGUGCAACCCAUCGCCCUGCGGACCCAACAGCAGGUGCCAGGACUUCAGUGGUCAGGCAGUCUGCUCGUGCGCCCCUGGUUACAUAGGCAAUCCUCCGGCGUGUCGACCGGAGUGUCUGGUCAACACCGAUUGCCCUUUGAACGAGGCUUGCGUGAACUUGAAGUGUAGCGACCCGUGUCCUGGAUCCUGCGGAGUGUCCGCCCGCUGCCAAGUGAUCAAUCACAAUCCCAUCUGCAGCUGUCCUCCAGUUUUCACCGGAGAUCCUUUCGUCCGUUGCGUACCCAGACCCGAGGAACCCGUGACCCCCACGAACCCUUGUCAGCCGUCACCGUGCGGUCCCAACGCGGUCUGCCAGCUGAUCAACAAUCAACCGUCCUGCUCCUGCAAGGCAGAGUUCAUUGGCACCCCUCCCAACUGCAGACCCGAGUGCGUCAGUAACAGCGAGUGCAAUAACAACCUGGCCUGCAUCAAUCGCAAGUGCAGGGACCCCUGUCCAGGCUCCUGCGGCUCCAACGCAGAAUGUCACGUGGUGAACCACGUGCCUGCGUGCACCUGCAUGAGGGAUUUCACCGGAGAUCCUUUCGUUCAGUGCACUGCCAAGCCGCCGGUACCAGCGAUUCCAACGCGACCCUGCCAGCCGUCCCCGUGCGGAGCAAACGCCGUUUGCCUCGAGCAAAAUGGGGUCGGCUCUUGCUAUUGUUUGCCCGAAUACAUCGGCAAUCCUUACGAAGGAUGUCGGCCGGAAUGCACCAUCGCGUCGGACUGCCCGUCUCAUUUAGCUUGUAUCAAUCUCAAGUGUCAGAAUCCUUGUCCCGGUGCUUGCGGCGGCAAUACAAACUGCCAGGUUGUCAACAACCUUCCUGUGUGCACCUGUUUGCCACAGUACAACGGUGACCCCUACGUGAACUGUUUGUACAAACUGCCCACCAUCGAAGAAGACGAGCCCGACGUAUGCAGACCGUCACCCUGCGGACCGAAUAGUCAGUGCCAGAAAAUCAAUGGCCAAGCCGUGUGCUCUUGCCUGCCCCAAUACGUAGGAACUCCUCCAAGCUGCAGACCCGAAUGCGUCGUCAAUUCGGAAUGCAACUCGAACCUAGCUUGCGUGAACCAGAAGUGCAGGGAUCCCUGCGUCGGAACCUGCGGUCGCAAUGCACAGUGCAAAGUCAUUCACAAUAGCCCGAUCUGUAGCUGCGGGGAUGGUUUAACAGGGGAUCCAUUUGUCUACUGUUUCCCCAUAACAACACCUCAACCGGCGGAUCAGUAUCCAAAAGACCCAUGCAUUCCGUCCCCUUGCGGUCCAAAUGCGCUAUGCAAGUCUUUAGGCGACUCUCCCGUGUGCACCUGUAUGAACAGCUACAUAGGCGUGCCUCCCAACUGUCGACCAGAGUGCACCAUGAACUCGGACUGCACGGCGAACAGAGCCUGCAUCCGAGAGAAGUGCAGGGACCCUUGUCCAGGAUCAUGCGGCGUCGGUGCAAGGUGCACUGUGGUCAACCACACGCCUGCUUGCACUUGUCCCGCGGGUUACACCGGUGACCCGUUCACCAGUUGCUCACCUGUUCCUCCGCCCGACAUGACAGAGGCCCCGACAGACCUUUGCAACCCUUCGCCAUGCGGACCGAACGCGCAAUGCCGCGACGGCACGUGCACUUGCUUGCCCGGUUACCUGGGCGACCCCUACAGUAUCUGCCGCCCCGAAUGCGUCAUCAAUACCGACUGCCUCCGAACCGAAGCCUGUAUACUGCACAAGUGCAGGAACCCCUGCGUGGGUACCUGCGGAGCGAACGCCGAGUGCAACGUGGUGAAUCACUUGCCGAUGUGCAGUUGUCCUAGGAACACGACCGGCAGUGCGUUCGUGGCUUGUAGCCCGAUGAGAGACAUGACCGUCGUCGACCCCUGCAACCCAUCCCCGUGCGGUCCCAACAGCCACUGUCGUUCCUCGAACGGACAAGCAGUGUGCACUUGCGUCAACGGGUUCAAAGGAUCGCCACCCUCCUGCAGGCCGGAGUGCAUCGUUAGCACCGAUUGCCCGCGUAACAGGGCCUGCAGCAACCAGAAAUGCAUUGACCCCUGUUUGGGCGCUUGCGGAUUAUCCGCGCAGUGCACCGUCAUCAAUCACAACCCCGUAUGCAGGUGUUUCGACCAGUUCGUCGGGGAUCCGUUUGUGCAAUGCACUCCGCCCAGCAAGUUACCGGAUGUCCCAGUGAACCCUUGCCAACCCUCGCCCUGUGGACCCAACGCAGUCUGUCAGGUAAUCAACAACACACCUUCGUGCACCUGUCUCCCACAAUUUAUAGGAAUCCCGCCGAACUGCAAGCCGGAGUGCGUGAGCAACUCCGAGUGCCCAGUACAACAAGCCUGCAUCAAUCAGAAAUGUAGAGAUCCCUGUCCAGGAUCUUGCGGAAGGAACACCGAGUGCAGGACAGUCAGUCACACCCCGACGUGCAACUGCGCGAGCGGCUUCACCGGAGACCCAUUCGUGCAGUGCACCCCUCAGCCCAUGGAAGACAUCCCAGCCAGAGUGAACCCCUGUCAACCGUCACCUUGCGGCGCGAACGCCAUUUGCCGCGACACCUACGGUUCGGCUCUGUGCAGCUGUCUGCCCGAUUUCUACGGCAAUCCCUACGAGAACUGCCGACCCGAGUGUCUCAUUGACUCGGACUGUCAGUUCAACCGAGCCUGCAUCAGAAACAAGUGCCAGGACCCUUGUCCGGGCACCUGUGGACUGAACGCAGUCUGCCAGGUUGUCAAUCACAUUCCCACCUGCAGUUGUAGGUCCGGUUACACAGGAAAUCCAUUUAGAUCCUGCGGCGUCCUCGAAGAACCCCCAGCCAAGCCAUCCAUCGCGAACCCGUGCCAACCGUCGCCGUGCGGUCCGAACAGUCGUUGCCAAGAUGUCAACGGUCAGGCUAGCUGCUCCUGCUUGCCCACUUUCAAAGGAACCCCGCCGGCCUGUAGACCAGAAUGCGUUGUCAGCGCCGAGUGUCCCGUUAACCAAGCCUGCAUGGCACAGAGAUGCGUUGACCCUUGUCCAGGCGUGUGCGGUGUGAGCGCUAGAUGCGAGGUGUUCCACCAUAGCCCCAUAUGCAGUUGCAGCGCCGGUCAGACCGGAGAUCCUUUCGUAAAAUGCUUCGACGUUGCCACCAUAGUACCGUCCACCCCCGUGAACCCCUGCACACCAUCGCCCUGCGGACCGUUCUCCCAGUGCCAAGACGUAGGGGGAAUUCCGUCCUGCUCCUGCCUACCCAGUUACGUCGGCUCUGCCCCUAAUUGUCGACCGGAAUGCUUGGUGAAUUCCGACUGCACCAGCGACAAAGCCUGCGUCAGAGAAAGGUGCAUAGAUCCUUGCCCCGGAUCCUGCGGAUCGAACGCGCUGUGCAACGUGAUCAACCACACGCCGUCGUGCACCUGUCCCGCUGACUUUGUAGGCGACGCUUUUACCAGUUGCCAGCCGAGACCUGCAACCCCUCCAGCACCCUCGGACCCCUGCAACCCUUCGCCCUGCGGCCCGAACACCCAGUGUCGCAACGGGGCGUGUACCUGCAUAAGCGAGUACCGCGGCAACCCCUACGAAGGCUGCUACCCCGAGUGCAUUCAAAACUCGGACUGCAGUCGCACCAGAGCCUGCUCCAACAACAAGUGCGUGGACCCUUGCGCGGGCGUCUGCGGUCAGAACGCAGAGUGCGUGGUCGUGAACCACAUUCCCACCUGCAAUUGCAUAGAGAACUACGAGGGAGACUCGUUCACCCUCUGUAAACCUGUUCAAAAACGCGUGAGACCCUGCGAGCCCUCGCCCUGCGGACCCAACAGCGUAUGCCGCGAUUUCGGCGAACAGGCCUCCUGCUCCUGCCUCCCUGGAUACUUCGGGACUCCGCCUAGUUGCAGGCCCGAGUGCCUCGUGAACACCGACUGCGAGCAGAGUAGGGCUUGCGUGAACCAGAGAUGUCAGAACCCCUGCGAAAACACUUGCGGUCAGGGCGCAUUGUGCGCCGUUCGCAACCACAACCCCAUUUGCAGCUGCCCCGACCAGUUUUCUGGCGAUCCAUUCGUCAGCUGCUUCCCUAUCCAACCGAACAUGGAAUCAAGCCUGGAACCAAGCCUGGACCCGUGCACCCCCUCGCCGUGUGGACCGAACUCCCAGUGCACCGUAAUCAACAAUAAACCGUCCUGCGCCUGUAUGCCCGAGUACAUAGGAUCUCCUCCCAACUGUAGGCCCGAGUGUCUCGUGAACAGCGAGUGCCCUGGCAAUCAGGCCUGCGUUAAACAGAAGUGUACCGACCCCUGUAUAGGGCUCUGCGGUACCAAUGCCCUCUGCCAGGUUGCCCUGCAUUACAUCCGUUGCGUCUGUCCCGAGGGAUAUACCGGAGACCCGGUCACUGUUUGUUCCCCGAUCACGACACCGGCACCGUCGCCGUCACCAUCGAGACCGUGCAGCCCAUCGCCCUGCGGAGUCAACGCUUACUGCAGGGAGAGAUCGAACUCUGCGUUCUGCGAGUGCAUUCCUGGAUACAGAGGAAACGCUUACGAGGGCUGCCAACCGGAGUGCUUGGUGAACACCGACUGUCCGAAAUCGCAGGCCUGCAUCAGGACCAAGUGUCAGGAUCCUUGUCCCGGCACCUGCGGCGUGGGAGCUAUUUGUACAGUGUCCAAUCACAUCCCUAUCUGUUCCUGUCCUCAGCCGACUAUCGGGGAUGCGUUCACCCUUUGCAGGGCCGAAGAACCGAAAGAGCGAGACCCCUGCUCUCCAUCGCCGUGCGGACCCAACACCCUCUGCGAGAAGGUCGGCGACACCGUCGUGUGCAAAUGCCUGCCCGGUCUACAAGGUGUGCCAUCCAGCGUCACCGGUUGCCACCCAGAGUGCGUGAUCAGCUCCGACUGUCCAGGCGACAAGGCGUGCAUAAACAACAGAUGCAUAAAUCCCUGCACGCAGAACGUAUGCGGUAUCAAGGCGACGUGCAAGGCAAUCAAUCACAGUCCGCUCUGUAGCUGCCCGUCCCCGUUGAUCGGCAAUCCGUUCGUGGAAUGCAGUCAGCUAAUUGAAACCGACCCUUGCAGUCCGUCGCCUUGCGGCUACAACGGCGAGUGCAGAGUUAGGAACGGCGUUGCAGUUUGCAUCUAUCCGGAAUGCGUGAUUAACGAGGACUGUCCUCGCGACAAGGCUUGUUUCGCGCAGAAGUGCAGGGACCCGUGCAUCGGCUCCUGCGGUGUCAAUUCACUUUGUCAGACUGUCAAUCAUAAGCCCGUUUGCUCGUGUCCGCCUGGGUUCACCGGCAACGCGAGGAUACAGUGCAACGUUCCGCCUACUGACGUGGCAGUCCCGGAAUGCACCAACAACUACGACUGCCCGAACGACAAGGCCUGUUACAACCAGAAAUGCGUCGAUCCUUGCACGCUGGACUCGUGCGGCUACAACAGUCGCUGUCACGUGCUGAUGCACAGAGCUGUAUGCGUCUGCAACGAAGGUUUCACCGGCAAUCCUCAACAACACUGUCGCGAAAUCGGGUGUCGCGGCGACAGCGAGUGUCCGUUGGCUCAGUCUUGCGUCAACAACGAGUGCAUGGAUGCCUGCUUGGUCACCCAGUGCGGUGUCAACGCUCUCUGCUCAUCCGACGGUUAUCAUAAACCGCGGUGCUACUGUCCCGACGGAUACCAAGGCAAUCCUUAUCAAAUUUGCGAGAGACCCGAAUGCACCGGCGACAGCGAUUGCCCGUCUUCCUUAGCGUGUCGCAACCAGAGAUGCGUCAACCCUUGCAACUGUCCUCUGUCGGCACAAUGCAAUGUCAUCAACCAUCGACCGAACUGUCGGUGCCCGCCGGGUUACACCGGCGACCCUUACACGGCUUGUCUGAUGGAACCAACGGAGCUGCAACCCCAAUGUCGAGUAGACGGGGACUGUCCCAGCAAAUUAGGCUGCUUCAAUGGUAUCUGCAAGGAUCCUUGCAUCGAAACGAAGCCGUGCAUCGCCGGUGCAAGGUGCUCCGUCGUGGACACGUUACCGAUGAGGACCAUGAUCUGCGAAUGCCUGCCGAACUUCGCCGGCGAUGCAACGGUCGCUUGCAUUCCAGUGGAUCAGCAGCUUGACGCGAUCUGCAACACCGAUGCCGACUGCACGUCGAACAUGGCCUGCUUGAACCACCGAUGCAUCAACCCUUGCACCAUCAACCCUUGCGCAUCGAACGCGCAAUGCGUUGUGCAGAACCAUCGACGUCAAUGCCACUGCAACACCGGUCUGUCCGGUGAUCCCUUCAUGAACUGCUACAGAGACACAGACGGAUUCCCUGAUUGCAUCACGAACUCUGAUUGCGCGCCGGAAGCAGCCUGCAUCAACCAACUCUGCCAGAACCCGUGUCUAGGCUCGUAUUGCGGAUUGAACGCUGAAUGCGUCAUGGUGAACCAUCAUCCGACUUGUCACUGUCAGCAGGAUCAUGCCGGUGAUCCGCAAGUGCAGUGUUUCAAACCCGAGUGCAAGUCGGACGACGACUGUCCCUACGACAAGACAUGCCAGAACGAGAACUGCGCCAGUCCCUGCCUCGACGACGGAAUCGCAUGCGGCCGCGGCGCAGAGUGCAUCGCAAUUUCCCACCGAGCGCAGUGCGUCUGCCCGAGAGGCACACAGGGAGAUGCACGAAUCGCCUGCAUCUCGGCAGUGUGCCAUUACAAUGAAGACUGCGCCGAUCACGAGGCCUGCGACCGACUGAACAGGGUCUGUCGACCGGUCUGCGACGACGACGUUUGCGCUGACACUGCCAAGUGCAUCGCCAGGGACCAUCAGCCGAGGUGCAUCUGUCCUUCGGGAACGUCUGGAAAUCCUUACGUCGAAUGCACUGGUGUUUCAACGGAGGUAGGGUGCAGGGAGGACAGCGAAUGUCCGCUAUACUUCGCCUGCAUCAACGGGAGAUGUCAAGAUCCUUGUCUGUCCUCUCGCAUGUGCACCGGCGACCAAGAAUGCAAAGUGUUGAACACGGUGCCGCUUCGCACGAUGAUUUGCAGCUGUCCGCCCAACACCAUCACCGACGUCAACGGACAGUGCAAGAGAAUCGUGUUAGCCGACGUCCAAUGCCAUCAGGACCAAGACUGCAACAAUUCGGACAAGUGCAUCAGUGGCACGUGCAUCGAAGCUUGCCUCACCACUCGGUGCGGCUUGAACGCGCAAUGUAAAUCGGUGUCUCACACCGGUGUCUGCCAGUGUGCCCCAGACUUCACCGGCAACGCUUACAUCGAGUGCGUCAGAACGCCGUUGAUCACGCUGCCACCGUACCGACCGCAAUGCUACGCUAACAGCGAAUGCGCCGGCGACAAACAGUGCAUCAAUUCUCUCUGCGUGAAUCCGUGCGUGGCCGCGGAUCCUUGCGGAAGAAACGCACUGUGUCACGCGAACAAUCACGUCGCGGUCUGCAGGUGUCCUGCCAACUACGACGGGGACGCUAGGAUCAAUUGCAUACCUCCCGGCAUAGUAGCCGAGUGUCGUUCGAACAGCGACUGCGCUGGCAAUUCAGCCUGCGUGAACAGCCUGUGCAUCAAUCCUUGCAACUGCGGUCCGAAUGCAAAGUGCACCGUUGUCGAUCAUUAUCCAUCCUGCUCGUGUCCGCCUGGCUAUUCUGGAAAUCCUCAGCUGGGCUGCUUCAAACUUGACUGCGAGUCGGACAGCGAGUGCAACAACGCAGCGACCUGCUACAACGGACAAUGCGUGAACCCGUGCAUCCUGGAGAAUAAGUGUGCGAUUAAUGCGGAAUGCUAUGGCGAAAAUCAUCGCGCCGUUUGCCGCUGCGGGUCCGGCUACCUAGGCAAUCCGGAAGUGCAUUGCGAGAGGGCCGAGUGCAACGCUGACUACGAUUGUCCGCGAAAUCUGGCUUGCGACAGCGGACGCUGCGUGAAUCCUUGCGUCGAGGAGUCACCGUGCGCCCAGAACGCCAUCUGCUACGUUCAGGAUCACGAGGCAACCUGCCGUUGUCCUGAAAAUCUGCCAGCCGGAAAUCCGUACUCCUAUUGCGAGCAUCGCACGACUUACUUGGACGAGCCAGAGUGCAGGAUCGACAUCGAUUGCGCCGACAAGCUGGUGUGCAUCAAGAACAAGUGCAUCGAUCCUUGCCCGGUGAUCAAACCAUGCUCGGAGAACGCCAGAUGCAACGUUCUCGACACCGUUCCUGUAAGGACGAUGACCUGCACCUGCCCCGAAGGAUGGACCACCGACGUCGACGAAGUCUGCAGGCCAAUUCAAAUAACAACGAUCGGCACCUGCACGAGCAACGACGAGUGUCCCGACAACGAGUCAUGCAUCAACAGACAAUGCAGGAACCCGUGCAACUGCGGUACCAAUGCAGCCUGCUACGUCAGGGGCCACAAGCCCAUCUGCUCCUGCGAGGAAGGCUACCAAGGCAAUCCAGACAUCGCUUGCUACUCCGUCGAAUGCACCAGAGACAGCGAAUGCGCCCUAGACAAGAGCUGCGUGAACAACAACUGCGUGAACCCUUGCUUAGUGUCCGACAACUGCGGCGUGAACGCCGAAUGCUAUCCCAACAACCAUAAGGCGGACUGCCGGUGCCGCAAAGGCUACCACGGCAACGCGUUGGAUCGCUGCAGAGUGAUCGGCUGCUACAGCAACGGAGACUGUCCCGGAGACCAUUCCUGCAUCAAUCUGCAGUGCGUGGACCCUUGCCGCCACGGAAAUCCUUGCUCCCCGUUGGCCGAGUGCAGAGUGUUCAACCAUCUCCCCAUCUGUCGCUGUCCGGCGCAUCACGCGGGCAAUCCUUACGUGAACUGCAAACCGGAGGACAAACCGGAAUGCAGGGAAGACGACGACUGCCCUGAUUCGCUGGCCUGCUUCGACAACAGGUGUCAGAAUCCUUGUUCCGUCGUUGAACCGUGCACGGAACCAUCCGAGUGCAGGGUGCUACCGACUCAUCCUGUCCGCACCAUGGUCUGCGUGUGUCCCAGCGGCUACGUCAGCAGUGGCAGCGGGACCUGCCGGGCUACCAAACCCAUCUUGGACAUCGAAUGCAACAGGGACAGCGACUGUCCUUCGGACAAGUCCUGCGUGAACGCCGUCUGCAGGAAUCCCUGCGCUUGCGGACCCAAUUCGGAAUGCAUUGUCGCGGAUCACAAACCAAUCUGCUCCUGCGUCGCGGGUUACGAUGGGAAUGCUGACGUGGCUUGCACCAAAGUGGUCGGAUGCCGCUUAGACGCUGACUGUGCCGGUACGCACGCUUGUGUACAACACAACUGCGUUCCUGCGUGUUCUCCAACCGAGCCUACCUGCGGCAAGAACGCUGUAUGCCAAGGGGUCAAUCACAAAGCAAUUUGUGAAUGUCCGCCUGGCCUUGGCGGCAAUCCGAGGGUCGCUUGCACUCUUCUGGGCUGCAGGACCAACACCGAUUGUCCCACGAACAAGGCUUGCAUCAACAGCCGCUGCGAGAACCCGUGCUCCGUGAACCCCUGCCGCGGAGACAUGAACUGCAACGUCUACAACCACCUGGUCGAAUGCGCCUGUCCACCUGGCUACAUCGGCGACGUCGAAUCCGGAUGCACCAAACUCACGGAGAAGUGCAAGGCGGACAACGAAUGCCCAUCUCAGACCGCCUGCUUCAACGGCGAGUGCAUCAACCCCUGCGUCAAGAUUCAACCCUGCGUGGCGAACGCGGACUGCAAGGUCCUUGACACGAGCCCCGUGAGAACCAUGAUCUGCGAAUGUAUUCCGGGAUACAGGGGGAACGCGGUCGAGCGCUGUGAAAAGACUGAUGUCUGUUCGGUGGAGAAAGGUCAGAUUCGCGACGAGAACGGCAACUGCGUCUGUCCACCUGGCACAGCGAAGGACGAGAGUGACAUUUGCAUACCCUGUCGCAGACAGGCUGGAAUGAUCAUCAACGAGGAAGGAUACUGCGUGUGCGCACUGGAGAACGGAAUGAUCAUCGACGAGUAUGGUCGUUGCGUAUGUCCCGCGGAGUAUGGGUACAGACUGGAUGCCAAUGGAUACUGUAAAUUAGUAGACAUAGUCGAAUGCAGUCGCGACGACGAUUGCGCCGAUAACAGGUACUGCGACAAGACCAGCCAGACCUGCGAAGAUCCUUGUGUUACGCAAUUGUGCGGCAUGAACGCGAUUUGCAAUGUCACGCGUCAUCAAGCUAUCUGCACCUGCAUCAGCGGAUACAGCGGAAACGCUUACACCCAAUGCUACAACGGAAACAGAGGUCGCACCGAUUUCCCCAGGCCGGACAUAAUUGUCAGCUGUUUGUCCGAUGGGGUCCAGGUUCUGAUACAUCUUCUGGACGACGAAUUCGACGGUGUUCUUUACGUGAAAGGUCGGAGCAAGGACGAACAGUGCAGAAGAGUCGUGUCCAUCUCCUCCGACACCAUGCACAAAACGGAGAUAUUCAAAGUGGCGUUCGGUAACUGUGGACUAAUUCACGUGAACGGACAAGCAAGCUUCGUCUUAGUCAUUCAGAAACACCCGAAACUGAUGACCUACAAAGCCCAGGCCUACCACAUCAAGUGCAUCUACCAAACCGGAGAACAGAACGUCACUCUCGGCUUCAACGUCUCCAUGCUAACCACAGCUGGUACCAUAGCUAACACGGGCCCGCCGCCGGUGUGUCUGAUGAAGAUCGUCACACGAAAAGGAAACGAAAUCAACUCGGCUGAAAUCGGCGACAAUCUGAUGUUGCAGGUCGAAGUUCAGCCUUCUAGCAUCUACGGCGGCUUCGCUCGAAACUGCAAGGCCAAAACGAUGGAGGACACCUUGGAGAACGAGUACAUCGUGACGGAUGACGAUGGAUGCGCAACAGAUCCCACGAUAUUCGGCGAAUGGGAACAGAACCCAGAGACACAGGCUCUGAUGGCCAGUUUCGAUGCAUUCAAGUUCCCGAGUAGCGACAAUAUUCGGUUCCAGUGCAAUAUUCGCGUGUGCUUUGGGCGCUGUCAGCCUGUCAAUUGCCGAGGAUACAACGCGUUCGGACGUCGUCGUCGAGACGUGGACUCGGAGGCGAAUGACACAGCUUUGAGCGUCGCCGACAAUUUUGAAGGUCAGCUUAGAGAAGAGAUAACGAUCCAAUCGAAUCUUAUAUUCACGUCAGAGAGGAGAGAAGCGAGGUUUACAGCGGAUCCAGUUGAAAUCGCUUCAGCUCAAAGAGUGGAGGAUAUAUGCGUUUCUAUGGUCGGCUUUGUGAUAGCACUAGUAAUUACGGCACUCCUGGCACUAGUUGCUGUAGCUAUUGCUGUAUCCUGCUGGCUAAUGGCGUAUCGUCGCCAGCCAAAGACUGCUGGUCCACUGCCACAUCCACCAGAGUUCCCAAAUCCACUGUUCACUACAGAAUCCGUAGCUGAACCUUCUCCUGACUAUCACCUAUCAUAAGUCUUUUAGGAUAAUUAUUAUUUUAUAUCGUAAUUUUAUAUAAUUCUCGUUGGAAUGCACUUCAGACCACCGGAUCCUGGAUGGUCGGUCUUGUAUUUCUAGAAACCGACAACUCCUCCACUGACUGUUCCUCCGUACUUUCAAUCCCUAGGGUUCACACUGCCGCGUUGUCGUAUCGCUCACUGUUAUAUAUUACCAGUACCCUGAAUCAAGAUAUACAUAGUUCUAUAUUAUAAAUAUAUUGUACUAUUUAUGGUGAUGGUUUGCUUCCAUUAUCUACAUUCGAACGAAUCUUUCCGGCAUCCCUCUUUUUCCUCUAUCGUGCUCUGUCCAGUCUAUUUAGUCAUUGGAGGAUUUGUUAAGCGUAACACUGCGAAUUUAAUUUCCGUGUAAAGUCAAACGAAUUAGUCUAAUAUAGCUUUCUUACUUCGAGCGUAGGUAACUGUACAUUUUAUCUAAUAAAACGUUAAUGUAAUAUUUUUAAGACAA